AUGUGUUCCCCUGCUGCCCUCCCCCCCCAAACAGCUGUUUUCCAAACAACUUCAUUUGGUAAGCAGAAAAGAAACGAGAUUUAUUGAGCACUCAUUCAUAGCUUUACUUUUAAAUAAAUCCAGUAUAUCAUGGACAAUCUGUGCCUUUUUGUUGUUGUUACCCACUGCAAAGUUUAGACCUAUAAAAUAGAUAAAUAAAUUGCCAUUAAUAUCUGCCUCCCAUUUGGUAAUUUGUAUAUCAACAUGCCUCCCAACAUUUUGCAAAUGAAAAUAGGAUCAUGCUUGUAAUACCCUCAGUUCUUAAUCUGAAGAUCAUAGUCGGAGUGAUUCCCCCUAUUAUUGCUCAUUGCUGAAACUUUUCUUUGUAUUUCUUUUCUUUUAAAAAAAUAUGAAAUUGCUUCUGUUCCUCUGAUUUAACAGCUAGGACCAUGCUAGUUCUAGAAAAAAAGGGCAAUGCUGACCUACAACCUUUUAAAAUAUGCCUCAGCUGCUAAAGGAGGAAAUGGAAGACAGUGCACUGCAUAGUGUCUUGAUCUUUAUUUAUUUUAUUAUUGUUUAUGAGAAUUAUUUAUAUUUCAUCCAUUGGGAUAAAUCCUAUCAGGGUGGCUUACAAGAUAGUCCAUCUGGGGCAGGUUCUGUGGUCGUCUUUCAGAAGCAUCUUGAAACUCAGGAGUCUGGCAGAAUAAGUUUGUCCUUUUGAUGGGACUUUUCCCAAAGCACCAAAAAUUAGUUAUCUAGCUCACAGAUGGCCAACAUGGUUGCAUCCAAGUUUUGUGGACUACAACUACCAUUGUUCUUAAUACAUUGACCAUGCUGUCUGGGGCUGAGAGGGGGUGUAGUACAAAACACUAGGAGGGCACCACAAUGACCAACCCUGAUCUAAGAGUUAUGUUUCUCCUUCCGCUCACCAUCAUGACAUUACUUGGUUUGAAAGUUUAGAGGAUGGAGAAAUAUUUAAGCUAUGUGUUUCAGCCAAUUGGUUCCAUGAAAUUUAUGGGAAUGGGGUUUCCUUUGUGAACACAGGACUUUCUUUUGCCUUGCUUCUCUUAUUUCUUAGUAUCAGUGAGUUCAUUCUACUCUGAUCAGCAGCACAAUUAGAUGCAAGCAUGUGAAGCUGUAACUAUAACCUAUUAGGAACUUAAGGUUUGCUUGGGUUUUUGAAGCAGCUAUAGGAAACAGUGAACUCACUCACUUACUAAAGAAAAGCAUUCACUGUUAACUCUUUUGCAUUCACAAUCCCUGUUGCAAAGCUCAUAUAUUGUUGAACCAGAAUUGAAUCAAGAAUGACAGGAAGAAACUCAAGGGUAAACAAAAUAUAACUGUUGGUAUGUGUGUGUUUUGUUUUUAUUCCCUGUGUUCUAAAUGAUUUUUUAAUUCAAAUAUUGCAACUUACGGUACAUUUGUUGAAUUUUUAUUUAUUUAUUUUUUACAAAACAGAGAAGGCAUUCAAUCACUGCACCAAGGUAAGGCAUGCACCAAGUACAAAGGCAAUUGAAAAUCAAGCAUUUUCUUACUAUGGAAUUCACAGGGUUCAGAUUAAAAUGAUAUUUGAGAAUAUUGUAUUUCCAAAAAGAUGUUGCCUAGAAAUAAACCAUUUAAUGUUUAUAGGCCACCCUCAGGACUCACACAGCAUGUGAACAUUAAAUUAAUGAAGCUUGUAUCGGCAGAGCCAUUGGAGAAUCUUAGCUAUAGCACAAUCCUAAUUCUGGUGAAUCAAUUGGGGGUUUCCUCAUUGACUUUAAUGAGUGAAAAAUGCACCCUGCACUGGUCCAUCUCUUCCUUGCUAACAGUGUCUUGCCAUCUAUGAACAAGUGUGCAAGCAAGGGUUUUGUAUAGGGUGGAACCCCUGGGCAAUGAUUAUACUCGCACACUAACAAUGCAUCCUUGCUUGUCAGGUAUGAACAGAAAACCUUUGCAGCUCUAACACUUGCCUUAUGAAAAAAAAUAGCACUGAUCUGUGAACAUUUUUUUAAAGCAUCAAAUGGUACUUCCCUUUUGGUCAUUCUUCAGGGGUUGCUGAAAGUGUUGAUCUGGUUAGGAAGCAUCGCCAACAAUAGGCUUGCAGCAGUUGUAGUUCAGUGACAUCUGGAGGGUCAGUGGUUCCCCACACCUGUUCUAAAUAAACUUAACUUGCCCUUACCGGUGUCAGAAAGUACAUUCUGACUACAUUAUCAGAUACAUAGCCCACAAGAUAGCCAUGAUCCCUGAUUGCUCCAUUGAGUAUGCUGUAUUUAUGUUGAUAGUGCUUAUAGCCUUCUAGCGAUCCAAAUUCAGUAACUGAACAUUCCUUGUGGCUGCUUACUGAUACAGUUGGAAACUGUGUAAGAGACUGUGUAAGAUAGCUAAAGGAGGAGAUUAAACACAAGCAAACUCACACCUGAUACCUCAAGAAAAUAUGAUCUGUUACUGAAUAAAAAGGACCCACAAAUAUGAAAGGUGACAAGAAUCUCUUCCAUAUGAAUCGGAGGAAGUAAGUUUCACAAAACCUGUUCUGAACAUUUUCCUUCUCCUAUUUGUAAUAUGCAUGCACAUGCUGCAGAAAGACAACAUGUUAUUAAAACCAAGCAUUUUUUUGGAAGAGUGUUGUGUACAUGGGCUUUCCUUUGUGUAUGUGGGUCUUCCUUUGAGGCACAUCCUAUGAACAGACAUAUAUAUGGAGGCAAUGAGAGUAAGUACUGCCAUCGCAUAGCUCAAGAGUGGUCAUCUAGAUAUUGCUGAACCACAACUUCUAUCAGCCCCAAGAAGUAGUUCAGCAAGAUGCGGGAGACCAAAGACUAUUCCCACCUGAAUUAGCUAGUUGCGGGGAGAUGAGAAACAGUGUGCACACAAAGAGAAAAGUGGGAUAGAAGAGGGGUGGAAAGAGGAGAAAGCAAGAAAUGGAGAAACACAAAAGGAGUAAAUACACUAAGAAAAGAUGUGACAGAAGGGAUGGGAAUGAAGGGAAUAAGAAGGGGUGGAUGUAUGGAAGAAAACAAGCUGAGGAAAAAGGAUGGGAAAAUGAGUGAGAAAAGGGAGGGGACAGGAAGGCAACUAGAGGACCAAUGGGAAGAAGGAUGAAGGAAAAGACAGGAGGAGCUUCUCAUUCUCUCCUUCCUCUCUCUCAUGCACAUGGCAGGGACCUCAUGGAAGAGGCAGGUAGUCAUGGCAAGGAUUUUUUGGGGUGGCAAAACAAAACAGGCUUUUUUAUGGGAGAAGGGGAAACAGUGCAAAAAAAGCAAGAAGUAUUACAUUAUUGUAGGUGAGAUUGAGGGCACCUGAUCACCCUUUGUCUCCGGCUUAACAUUAAUAACGUGAAUGUGUGUGUGGUGAUCUGUGUUGCCUAUUAGUAAAAAGAGAAUGUGGUUUUCGAAUGUCGUGAGAAGGCGAGCUCUUUUAUCUUAAUUAGUAGAUUAAAUACAAGGAAGCUCCUGGCCAAGAUUCUUGAGAAGGAAAAUGCAUCCAUACCAUGCCUGCCCAUGCUCAUUUUACAAGUUAUAAAAUAUUCAAUCUGUUUGCCUUGUAAAUAUGGUUGUCAUAGGGCAGAUUCUGAUUUGGCAAUGUCAUAGGAACAGAGGAACUUGCCUUAUACUGAGCCAAACCAUUGGUCCACCUAGCUUAGCAUUAUCUGCAAUCACUGGUAGCAGCUCACUGGGAUUUCAGAAAGGGGUUUCUCUCAACCCUACUGUAGAUGCUUGGAAUUGGACCUCCUGCAUGCAACAGGGCAGAUGCUAUGGCCCUUCUCCAAUAAAGGCAUAAAGGCAACUCCACAGUAUAGUAAUUAACACAAUAACUAUACAAGUGUGUCAUAAUUGCUAUGUCUUCAGACCUCCUUUUAUUCCAUGUUAAUUUAAAGGAACCCAAAGCCACUUCUCCAAGUCAAUGCCAGCAUGCCAGUGUUGUCCAUUCAGCUCGGUCCAAAAUGGCAAUGGAAUUUCCAGAUGGCCUCAAGCACAAUUCUCCUCCGAGCUACGAGUGGCAGGCUGUGCUGCGUCAAACGUUUCCAACAAACAUUUGAGCAAACAAGCAAACGCUAUGGGAGGAUGCAUACCAACCAGCAUUCACCGUCUAACAAAGGAAUUCUUGCUAACAUUCAAGCAGUAAGUGAGCAUUAUUUACUGCUAGAUUACAAUAGAAUUCCUGUGGUAUCACAUAUUAUAUUCACAUUAAAACCAAAUGAGCUCAUCGUGAUUAAUGUUACCACAAUGAAUGCUGGAGGAAUUAGAAAUGAUUACCCACUCAUUGUAAAGGGUUGCUGAUAAUUAGUGCUAUUACACAAAAAGGUACAUUUUAAGCAAUCAUCAUAAUUAAUUCAUUCUGCAUUGUAUUAUGCAGUGCCGAUAACAAUGAGGUCUCCUGGUUCUUCCGUGGCUCUCACAUGUACAUCUGUCAACUCUCCUUUUGUAAUGCCUCUCUCUAGAUUAGUGUCAAGUGACAAACACGUCAAUGGUUACCUGUGGGGGAUCAUAUCCUGUUUUCUCCUCUUAAAUGUUCUGCUAUAGCAGUUAGUAAAUCAUUAAAAAAAAUACAAUAGGCUAUGCAGAAUAAUCUCAGUAAAUAUGAAUGCCUUUAGCUAGGGCAAACAAAGUAGCAAUGAUCUAACAUUAAUCUUUUUUAGAUAAAAAUGGAAUACUUCCACCAAAUGUAACUUAAUCCAGAGGUGUUUGUUUUCAUUUUAUAACACUCUACGCUUCCUUUGAGGAGCUCAGAAUGGCUCUGAGUCAUCCCAGAACAGGUUCUGAGGGUGGUGAUAAUGAUAAAGAAGAUGAUAAUGAUUUGGCUUCUAAGUAGUUUACAUGAUGUACCAACCUUUCAGCAAGUCUGGGUUGGGGUCAGCUUAGGGUUCCAUCUGGGCACCUAUAUACACUGCCUUAUGUUGUAUUAAAGCAGGGCGCACCCAAACAGAAGGCAGGGUAAGAUGGCUACCUCGGGCAGGGGAUGUUGAAGUGACACUGCUGGCAACCUACCCAGCCAUUUCCCUCUGUUGGAUGACAGAGUUGUAAACACCAUGUUGACCUGUCUUGUGCUUAACACCUUGCUGCUCUCAGGUGUUGAGGAGAACUCCUUCUUGAUGCCAUUGUUGAAGAAAGUGUCAGCUGCCAGUCCACUUGGUUUCUAUAUACCAAAUGGAAAGCGUCACCAAGUCCUUUGGGUCAGAUAGUAAAGUGCCUUGAAAGGAAGUUGGAUACAAACGAAUUACAUAAAACACUAUAAUAUCCUAGCUUGCUCAGACAUAUUGCCUUUAUCAGAUACAAAUCCUUUUUGGAGUUUAGCAACUUAGGAAGCCACUCCAAACAGCAUAACCACUGGUGUGUCAUCAGAGAGUCAGCAGUUGAUGUAAUAUCCUACCACGCUCUUCCAAAAUAUUAAUAAAGAGCAAGAAAGGGAAGUCCUAUGACACAUCUAAGAGGGCUUUUUAAAAUGCAAGUGUUAUGAGAACUUGCUUCAUAGCAGAACUUACCACAUUUUAAUCAGAGCUGGGUAUUUGCAUGAGAGUUGUCAAAUCAUGCCUUAGGCUGGGUUUCAAUAUGCCUUGGAGCUACAGCACAACUGAUGCGAAAAGCCCAGACUAUUAGUCCAUAUGGAAACUCUCUCUCCCCGUCCUGGCAAGUGACAACUGAUCUGUUUUGAGCAACAGCUCCAGCAGUAUGGAAACAAGGCUUCAAUGGCACCUAGAGCAGCUCUGUAAGGUGCUGUUUCAAUGACCAUCAUCCUCAGUCUUAAAUGAGAGCUAAAUCUCCACCUUCCAUGACAGCAGUCUCUCCAUUCAAAGUGCUCCUGCUUUUUCUUUAGCUGUUGACACCAACAGAGUGGGAGAUAGUGGUGUUUCACUAAGGAUUCUCGGAUGGAGUAAGAGUAGAGCAACACAAGCUUCCCUGGCCAGAGAGGCACUUGCACAAUGGUCUGCUGUUACUCUAGGAUGUACAUCAGCAGAGGGCAAUUGCCUCUCCCACUCUGAAUCCAUGGCUUCACCCUCUGGAGUCUGAUUACACGGUCAGGACCACAACCAUCAGAAGACUUGGCUGACUCUGCCAAGAGAGUUCUCCUUCCACAUGGUUCUUGAUUUCUCAUGUUUCCCCAGGUAUGGGUUCAAACAGCCAUGCCACUAAGACAGCCAUGCCAUUGAGAUAAACAUAAGAGCAAGAGCCCACUUUUAGAUAACACCACUUAGGUACAACAUCAUAAAUUCAGAAACAUUUUCCUAGUGACUACAUGAUUUGCCCUUUAGGUAGGUCUCCUUUGUUACUUAGCAGCAUGGUAUAAAUCACUAUUACAAAUGCCCUUUCCUUGAACAACUGUCAUACAUUCCCCUCUUCCUUUGUGCUUUCUGACAGUUCCAACUUGCAUAAAACACCUGAAAAUCAUGUUUUCAACAAAUGUAUUCACCUGUGGAUGAUAAAAUGAAAGAGGUGGCGGCUGAUAGUGCUGAAUUAUAGGGUGGUGUUUAAAAGCUAAAGAAAGAUAAAGUCUUGAGGUCUGCAGAGUUCAACAUCCAUUAAAAUGUCUAUUUUCAAUAAACCUAGCUAAAAAUGCAAUUCAGCCAUUCCUUUUUAGUCAUGUCCAGAAUAGCAUUGACAAGGCAACUCCUUGCUGGCAUUGAAGACAUUGCAAUUUCCCCCCUCUUGAAUAACUUUGCAUAUUCUGGCAUGAUAGCGCAACAGGAAAGUGACAUGACCUUCAUUGCAUCAAUUUACAAGUGCGUAAUAUAGUUUAAAUAGUGAACACUAUAUUCCUGAGAGCAAUGCUCACUGAUGGAAAUGUUCCUGCUCUCAUCUCACAUUGAAAGGAAAUGGGUUAACCUAACAUGCUUAUAGUUUCUCAAAAAAACCCCAAAACUUUCUGCAACUAUAUAUAAAAAAGCUAGAAGUGGUUUAGUCAUGCUGGCCACAUGACAAAUACCGGCUGUCACGGCCUGAAAAACAAGAUGAGUGCUGCCCCCCCAUAGUUGCCUUUGACUGGACUUAACCGUCCAGGGGUCCUUUACCUUUACCUUACCCUGCUAUGAAGCAAUAAGUGCUCAUUCCCCAUUGCACAUGUGGAACAUACAGGAACAAUUGACAUAUUCUGCAUGCAAUGACCUGUGCACGACCCUCUGAAAAGUUUAGACUUCUUUCUCCAAAUAAGCAGCUUGGGAAGGUGGGUUUAAAAAUUUGGUGCUUUGUCUUGCAUAGUUUUCAUUUAUUUUGAUGGCACUUGUUUAGGAGAACUUCCCAAUGGAUACUAUGUCACUAGCAUUUUGCAUGUUUUUUUUAAGCAUCAGUGAUAAGCUCAGAGAAACAGGAUACAAAUGCAAAUUAAUAUAAAUUGCACACAAUCUGGCGCUACUCGUAUACUGCUCAUGCAGUAUGUUACUGUGUUUACUCUAGAGCAACAGGGGUACACUUUUCACUCCAACCCUGACAUUAUGUCUUUUCCUUUGACCAUGUUGAUCAUGGUUGUCUGAGGCAAAAGCACAAGGGUCUACUGUCAGGUAGGGAAUGUGCAUGACUGGGACACCUGCACAACUGAGUGCCAUGAUUGUACACAGACCCACAUGCAAGCAAGAGCCAGCACAUUGGGCUUUCACCAAGAAACAGACACUGAAAGACUUCUUCCAGAAAUGGACCUUCAUGGGAAAGUAGGGAACCAUGCAACUAUACUAAGUUCAUCAUCCAGCAAAUAAUUUUAUGCACACAAUCCCUAUUUCCAUGGAUCACUUUUUAAUUUUUGUGUGUGUAUAUAGAGAUUUGUAUACAUGAACAAUAUGACAUGGACAGGAAUCAAAAAUUGUAGUUAAGAAGUAUAAUUUUGGGAUCAAAUCCUGGAAGGCAAAUAUUUGCACGAGGAAGAGGUUAGGGAAUGGGGAAUAUUUCAUAGACUCAUAGUGUUGGGGUCAGCUCCAUGCAAUGCAUAAAUCUCACCUAAAGCAUCGAUUUAUUUACAUAAUCCAAUGACCCUGGUUUCGAUCCAGGGAAAGAUGAGCAGAACUUCUUUUUUUGUAAACUGCUUUUUAUUUAUGUAAAAUGCUUUGAGGUGUGUGGGGUAUAAAUUUUAUGAAAUAAAUAAGUAAUACUUGAUUUGCACAAUGGGACUUGUUGGCUCCCUCAUUACUAUAGCCCCCUGUAUGCUACAAAGAUGCUUUCAAAAGAUGAAGGACCCUCCAGAACAGAGGUCGGCAACCUAAGGCCCAUGGGCCAGUUCCGGCCCAUGAGCCUCCCAGAACCGGCCCAUGGCUGGUUCUGUGGAUCGGCGUGGGGAUUCCCCCUCCAUCACUGCAGCGGAACCACCACCCUCCUCCCUCCUCCUGGUGCAGCAAAUCACCGGCCAAAUGCCUGCUAAGGUUUGAGGCCCUGGCCAAUGGGUGAACGGUGGCUAUGCGUGUUUGAGAGGAGGAAGGGGGCUGGGCUGAGCCGGCCGAGCGCAUUUCCAGCAGCCCCUCAUUGGAGCAAGCUAUUUGCCACCACCACUGUUACCGCCGCCACCACCGCUCUGCCAAGUGUGGCUCCUGUGCCUUUGCAAGCGGCAGAGGCUGUGGCUGUGGCGGCAGAGGAAUGAACAGCCCAAAAGCAGCCCUCUUGGGUUGCUCGUUCCUCCACUGCUGCUGCUGCCGGCAGCCUCUGCCUCUUGGCAGCACCCCAGGUGGGCAGGGGGACGGGUGGACUGGGGGAGGGGGGAGCGAGAAGCCCCUCUGCCGUAUGCGCAUGCAUGCGCACACAUGCGCUCUGGUCCACCAGGAGGUUUGUGGUGCUGUGAACCAGCCCACCCCCAACAAAGCUUGCCGACCCCUGCUCCAGAACAACAUGUGAUGGAGCUCUGGUGUGUGUGUGAUGGGAAUUUUUUUCCAAGCCCCUACAUUAUUUGAUUCAUGAUACAUGAUUCAUAUCCAAGUUUGCUAGCACUGAAGAACAGGUUAGAAAUGAAUGGUUUAUUCAGAGAAAUUACUUGGUUGCAACAUUGCCAGAAGUAUAUCCUGCUAAUCUGAUACAUGGUACCCAUUGCACUAUGAAUUGAACUGAAUGAAGACACUGGAUUUAGCAGAAGGGUAGUUGACAGGAUGGCAAAUGUACCAGUUGCACUGCUACUUAUUAAGAUCAUUAGACAUGGGUGCCUUCAUUGGGGAGGCCUUUGGUACUUGUCAUUCCCUCAUCAUCAAUCAGCGGCAAAUCCUCGUGAAUCCCUAAUCUAGGUCUCCCAGGUUGAUUCUAAUAAUUUUGCAAGGAGCUGCCAAAAAUUACUUAUUGUUCUGUUAAUCAUUGCUAAUAGGAACAGAGGAUGUUUUGAGAUGCCCCAUGAAAAUCAUACUAAUUAGAAAUGUCUGAAUUCAUACAACUCCUCAGAGAUUAAUUUAUACAUCAUAAUCAGUUAAUCACUUUUUUCCUUACAUAAUUAGACAGUGCCUGGUGGAAAGGAGAGCUCCUUUUGUUCUCCUGGAAAGAAGAAGACUACUGUAUGAGCUGACAGAAUGCAAGGCUGAGAUUGUAGGCUUGCCUAUCAAUUCACAUUCAAAGCCUGGACAUGCUGAUUAGAGCAGGUGCCUUUAUUGCCCAUUCUUCCAAAAAUCAGUUUUCCCCCCACAGCAUGUAUGAUUUUUGCUAAAUAGAAUACACAUUUUUUCCUAUUGGAAAAGAGAUUUGCAUUCAUUCUUCCUUUACAGAGUAAUGGAAGACCUUGCUUCCCAAUGUAGAGUGUUUUCACACAUUCAGCAUGUGUUCUUUCCUUCUAUUUGUGUGCAUGAGGGAUCAUUAAUGCAGGGCAGCUAGUGGAAGAGAUGUGUUGCUAAAUGGAAUGUGUAUUAUAAACCAGGCUUCCCUGACCUGAUGCCAUUAGAACUUUCAGACUACAACUUCCAUCUGCCUCAGCCAAUUUAGUCAAUGGCCAGGGAUUAUGGGAGUUGUAGUCCAACAGCAUGUGGAGGGUCCUAGGUCAGAGAAGGCUAUUCUGGACAAAGCAGCCAAGAGAGAUUGAAAGUGCAAUUCUACACAUGUCUGGUGUAGAUCCUUACUAACUCCCAGAUAAGUGGGCAUUGAAUUGCAGCCUGUCAAGAAAAAGUGUCCUAGCAUAAUAUGUUAAAACUAAAAGGCAGGGGAUUUUUAUAUUUAGGUGUAUGUUACACUUCGCUCUUUUACAUGGCGCCAUCCCAUAAACUGCCAAAUCAACAAUCCACCCUUUUUCCAGCAUGUGAAGUGGUUUUAUUUCAGGUAACAAACCUUACCAAUGACUAGGUGUCGUGUUGUGUUGCAGUGCUAAAUCUGGUGCCUUUGGUCUGAGGUUCUGCCCCUCAGUGUGGUCAAAACUUAACAGUACAGGAAAAGAACAUUAUUAUUUUUUGCACCCAUUGUGAACAUAUCGUGCAGGCAGCAGUGGCCAUAGUUUGAAUAUUACUGGCAUUCUCUCAGCAACUAAAGUAAUUCAUGGAGACAUAGUUAAGGACAGAAGAUGAGGAAUGCCAAUGAAGAACAGCAUUCAACAGCACAACUGACUUCCUCAGGAGGUUUGGGGAUCCCCCUCCUUUGAGGCUUUUAAGCAGAGGUUGGAUGGCCAUCUGUCAUGGACACUUUAGUUGAUAUUCCUGCAUUGCAGGGGGUUGGACUAAAUGACCUUUGGGGAUCCCUUCCAAUUCUAUGAAGAUCCACCAUACUAGACUGAACAUCAAAUCCCUCAGAACAAUCACAAAUGAAGUUGUGAAUUACAGCCCCAUAAGGGAAAUAGUUGCCCUGCACAUUUUGACCUUUUCCAUAUUUAUGCAGAUCAAAAUUUCUUUGAUUUUUGUUUGCUUAAAUCCCAGAGUUCUGUAUCUGGGCCCUGUCAAUGUCCUGCAUGGGGGGGAAAUGCACAUGGAUCAUAAGCCCAGCCCUCCCAUGUGAGCACCUGGGAAUGGUGUUAAUGGAGAAAUGGGGGUUUGCAGAAGGAACUCUAAUCCCUGUAUUCUUCAAUAUCACCAAAUGUUCCAACACCAUGAAUGGAUCUCAUAAAAAUAAAGGACAUCCAUGUGUAAACUAACUCUUGCUUUUCGGACAGCUUUGUCUUUAGAUAGGCGGAGUGGCAUACAUUGAGGUUUCCUUAGAGGCUAAGUGGUAGAUUAUUUUUAUUUUUCUCAUCAUGCAUGCAGCUUCGUCUGCAUUUACUGCUGCAGGUACCAAUAUGUCUAGACCUCCUCUUCUCUCGUUUACAUGAAUAUUUAGGGAUAAUUAAUCCUUGCUCAAUACAUGUUGUAACAAAGUUUCAUUUGCAAACAAAACCAGCAAAUGCCCAGUGUUGGCUACCUACCUAAUGUUUUCAUGCAUAUGGUGACAUUUACUAAAUAAUCCUGAAGCUCCACUGGGAAACAGCUGUGUGUGUGUGUGUGUGUGUGUGUGUGUGUGUGUGUAGGAAUAGGAGGGGUGGGGUUUUUUCCUUAUAGAUUUUUGUAGAGGAGAUUUUUAUCACAAGAUCUAUGCCUUUGUAGUGAGGAGAUACGACAAGGCUCAAACACAUACAUUAGGGUUUAAGUGACACCGUGCCCAUACCUAUACCACCACCACCAUAUGCACUGGCCACUCCAGCUCCUUUGGACCCACACAUUAACCAGCAAAUUGAAGGGCCAUAUGUAUAGGGUUUUACCAGAGAUGUGCAAUCCUGACUGACCGUUUCUCUGUCAGCUUGGAGAAGCUAUAUGCUCUCAUGGCUCUUCCAUGCGGCAACAUGGUGCAAAACCCUGAGGUACAGGGUUGGUGCUUAUGGAAAGUGUAGGCCUAAUUCCAUAAAUCCCGCAUAGGUGAAAAAAAUGACACCAUACCAUUCAAAUGAAGCCUACUAAUCUUAAAUUGUCAUUGGAGUUUUCUUAGAUAAUCAUUAGUAGUGAUUAGAUGUGUAUCUACAAAAUGGGGGCCUGCACAAGAUGGAAUCUGCUAAACUGGUCAAACCAGUCUCUUUGUAAGAUAAUGGCCUCAACUGGCCAUGUUGCCUUGGAGACAACUGAGCUAUGAUGAGUGAUAGACAUUUCCCCCACCCCUUCAUCUGGCUGGAGGCAACAUAUUUUUCUGAAUAGGAGAACAAUAGCCAGGGCUAUGCUGCAUGUUUAGCACUGACUGGAAGAUAUAAAGAAAGAGGCUUCUUGCUCUGUGCAUGCAUGGCUAUGUCUUUUGGCACCCUUCCCACCUGAAAACUUAAUGGAGAAGCAAAACCCGUUGGAUUGUUAAUGCUAUGAGCCCUCCCAUCUUAUGUUCAGGUUGUAUAUCUCUCUGUGUGUAAAUGAAACCAUAUAUCUUAAAGACACCACAGUCUCCACUGACCUUCAUUCCAAGAAAACCAAACUGGCACUCCUGAAGCUCAGAGAUUGGGAUGCAUUCAACAACAUCCACUAUCUCAGUUUCUGUUCAUGACUAGUAAAGAGCCCUCCAGCUCAUGCCACUGCCCUAGGCAGCUCCCAAAUAAAUAAAUACUUAAAUCUUCCACCUUAUGGAACCAUCAAUGUGCAUUGUGUUUUUUAAAAGUACUAAAGAGGACAGAUCACAGCCUCAGGGAGAAACCAAUGAGCAUCUAUUACAGUUAUGUAUAGUUAGACUUAGUUGCAAUACGGAACAGAGAUCUGAUUAUUCAUAGACUGUGAUUGAAUAUCCUGACGUGAACAUCAAAAACAAAUAUAAUUCCAGUGCAAUAGCUGAAUUCUAUUUUUACAAAGGAUUUAAUAGUAUUUUAAAGAUAAAUUACAUCUACGCAAAAUGAAUGAAAGUAUGCUCAUUUUCCACAUUUGGAUAAGAUUAAAGUGUUUAUUAGAAUUUAUUAGAACCAUUAAUUACUUUCAUCUAAUUUAUUCUACUUUUGUGUCUGAGUAGUAGGAGACUGGAUUGGGAGAAUUUCAUGCAUUCCUAUAAUUAAUUACAUAUCAAAUUUCUCAAUAAGAUUCCAUUUUUCCCUGUCUCAAAUGGUAUUGAUUUUUUUUCAAAUUACAGAAUGCCAAUAUUAAUUAUGAAAACAUUAUGAGUUUCCAUUUUAUAAGCAUUGCCAGAUUUCAUGCAUGCAGAAUGAGAGUUUGAUGUGUGAGUGGGUGGUCCAGUGCAGAAAGUGUUGGGUAAUGUAUACAUCCAUAUAAACCAAUGUAAGAUGUAGUUAUGAAGACAUUUCCCAUGAAGACAUUUCACUAAAGCUGUUGAAAAAUAUAAAAGGUCAGGCUGUUGCUGGAAAGCACCUGUUAAUUUCCUGAAAUUCCAAGUCUUUUUAUGAGUCAUGUUAAUCAUUAUGUUGCUUGCUCCGAGGCAAAGAUAUGCUAUGGGGUGAAAAAUGUAGGGCCCCAUUAAGUCUCACUGGUUAAGUAAGGAGCUAUGUAAGCAGGUUUUUCCUUUAAAAUGGGGCAUUUAAGCCUAGAUGAAAAUCUUCCCUCCUGAAAUCUCUCUCUACACCUCUGAAAAGGCAUCCCUACAUUAUUUGAAUCUGCGUUUCUAGUUCUCAGGUGGGGUGGGUGUUCAGAAAUCCUGCCUGAAAGACUAGUGGUGUCUAUUUGUUCUUGUCCAAAUAUUUCCAUUUCUAAGCUCCAGAGAUUCGCGUAAUUUAGAUAAGACCCAGAUAAGCACCCCAAGAACCUGGGGCUCAUCCAACCCAAACGCAGAUUCUGAGCAUGGGAGGUUUGUGGACUUGACUACUUCAAAACAGGAAAAUGAGAGACUUGUGUCUCUGUUAAGCAGAUGCUUUACUUCCCAAAACCUUUCAAGUCACAUGGUUCCUGGUAGGUGUUAGGGGUGAGGGUGGGUUGUGGAUAGGAAACUUUUAAAAAAAUAUAUAACAAAAAUAAAUAUAUCACAUGCAUAAUUCCGUGCAUUGAUGUGAGCUGACACGGCUACGGCAUCAUAUUCCCAUGUGUAAAUUAUUUCUCCCUCCCUCAACUAAAUAUGAGCAAAUGAGCAACCGAAGAAGAAAAUUAUAUAUUUUAAUCCCCCAUCUACUGGCAAUGGCAUUUUUUUUUUUUUAACUUGUGGCUGCCAUUUCCCCCUGCCUCCCAUAUGUCUCUAGAAUGAUAGCAGUGUUCUCACUUCAAUUGUCUGCAACAUAGUGCAGCGUGAUGAGGUAAAUCCUUUCCUUUCCGAGAAGGAAAAUGGCCACUUCCAGGGAUCCUUCUGAUAGAUUUGCGGCUGGUUUAGCACCUUUCUCAACACUCCAAUCCCUAACGUCCAAAGAAAGCUAGCUCUGAGGGUGAAGUGAACAUGGGAAAGAUUUUGGUGGACUCCUGUUUUGAGCCCUUAAAGCAGGCAUCCCCAAACUCGGCCCUCCAGAUGUUUUGGGACUACAGUUGCCAUCAUCCCUGACCACUGGUCCUGUUAGCUAGGGAUGAUGGGAGUUGUAGUCCCAAAACAUCUGGAGGGCCGAGUUUGCCUAUGCCUGCCUUAAAGGAAUAAGACACCAUUGGCAAGUGCAUUUUAUGUUUGCUGUUCAAUAUAUUUGCAAUGAAGCAAUAAGCAUUAAUGGUGCUGGAGGAGACUCUUGAGAGCCCCAUGGACUGCAAGAAGAUCAAACCUAUCCAUUCUUAAGGAAAUCAGCCCUGAGUGCUCACUGGAAGGACAGAUCCUGAAGCUGAGGCUCCAAUACUUUGGCCACCUCAUGAGAAGAGAAGACUCCCUGGAAAAGACCCUGAUGUUGGGAAAGAUUGAGGGCACAAGGAGAAGCGUAUGACAGAGGACGAGAUGGUUGGACAGUGUUCUCGAGCUACCAGCAUGGGUUUGACCAAACUGCGGGAGGCAGUGGAAGACAAGAGUGCCUGGCGUGCUCUGGUCCAUGGGGUCACGAAGAGUCGGACACGACUAAACGACUAAACAACAACAACAACAACAACAACAUAAUGUUCCAACUUCUCCUCUUUUGAGAUGUGCAAACUCUUGAUGCAAGGACAGAACAGAUGUAUAAGUAAAAGGAAGACCAGGGCACUGGAGGCAUAAGGCACUUGGGCUUCCUGUUCUUUCUGUGUUCCUGAAGGCGAAUUGAUGGAAGGAGCGUCUCCACCCCCAUCGUUCUGCCCGGACGCUGAGGUCCAGCGCCGAGGGCCUUCUGGCGGUUCCCUCAUUGCAAGAAGCAAAGCUACAGGGAGCCAGGCAGAGGUCCUUCUCGGUAGUGGCGCCCACCCUGUGGAAUGCCCUUUCAGCAGAUGUCAAAGCGAUAAACAACUGCCUGACAUUCAGAAGACUCCCUGGAAAAGACCCUGAUGUUGGGAAAGAUUGAGGGCACAAGGAGAAGGGGACGACAGAGGACGAGAUGGUUGGACAGUGUUCUCAAAGCUACAAACAUGAGUUUGACCAAACUGCGGGAGGCAGUGGAAGACAGGAGUGCCUGGCGUGCUCUGGUCCAUGGGGUCACGAAGAGUCGGACACGACUAAACGACUAAACAACAAUAAGCAUUAACUGCAAAGGAUGUGUGGAGGUAAGAUCUGAGCUAGUACAUUGGAGAUUAAAUUUAGAUAGAUAGAUUCUCUGCCUUUCAUCCAAAGAGCUCAAGUUUUGGAACCGCUGUCUUAUAUGAUACAAAAACUGCUUUUGAAAAUCUCCUACAUUUCAAAAGGGUUUGUCUUGUGGCACAAGGCAGCCCAGAUCCCUUUCUGAGCAUGUGGAACUAGUUGUGAGGGCCUUUUGACCCCAGCCAUCAUUUCUAACCUAAACCAUUUGCAAUAUAAAUCUGAUAUAAUCCACUUGCAGUAUAACCUGAUAUAAUCUGCUUGGCAAGAGACUUUCCCCUUCUGUUCUUGUUUGCUAUAGAAUUGACUCAGUUGCCCCUCAGUUGCUCCUCAGCUGUAUUCUGUAUGACCCCUUUGUUCUGUGAAAAAUGGUACAAUUGAGAUGCCCAUCAGAUAAAUGAUCGCAAACUGUCUUCCUGAACAUUGCACUGCUAACUCAGGGUUAACAUUUGCAAUCCUAAAUCUCCCCUGACUAGAACCUGUCAGUGAGGCUAAGCAACUGAAAUAUAUAUACUUGGGGUGCACUGACAGGUUGAAUUAUUGUCUUCUGUGAACUGAUCUGAGUACAAAGUCAGUUUUGCUUCAGACUUCCACUUGACUUUAACCCUAUCCUCAUGGGGAGAACUUGGUAUUAUAGCCUCCUAAACUAUUUGGACCUUUAUGGACAUAAUUACAUUUACAGGAUGGCUUCUACGUUUCCUUUUAAAUCUGGCUCAAAUACAGUCUGUUCAUGUAGCUGUAGAGAUUUUCCAGAAAAUUCCUGCUCUGUGAGGUAAUGGCUCUAUGAAUCUUAUCAUUUGAACACAUUUCUACUUGCCUUCUUGUUUUUGAGAGAUAAAUACAGCAAAUCUCAGAUCAUUCAGUUCGAUUGAUGUUGCUGGACUUUCCGCUCAUUAACAAAUAAUUUCCAGAUAGGGACAAACACUCAGAAGGCUUGAUAAUCCUUAACAUUCCCACAAUGCCUCUCUCUUUCUCUGAAAUAAUGCUGGCUAUCUCUUCAUUCACUGGAUGAAGUGCUGAGCACCUUACAAAUAGAUUUAGAUAUGAUAAGAGACAGACAAGUGUCUAGGCCUAAAUUCUGGGCUUGAAAUUCAUGAAAGUUAUGGAAAGUAAAAAGGGGGGGAGAGAACAGCACUGAGUGUUUAAGGUUUUAUUUCUGACAAAUGACAGCCUCUGUUUUUCAGAUAUGUGUUAUCUAAGCUAGUAGAUUUUUUAAAAGCAGUUCUAAAUGCAAGAGACAGGAAAUAAGUAGGACAGUAGCCUGAAAAAGCAGCCGACAGAAGUUGAAACACAGCAUUCAGUUCUGACAUUGCUCCCCCACCUUCAAGGAAUUACCUUCACUUUCUGCACAUACUUUAGAAACUAAAGCAAGAACUACUGAAGAAAUGUGGAGGGGGACUGCCAUCUAUUUAUUUUGAAGUAUUUCUCACUCAUUUUUCAAUGGUAGAUAUUCAAAGCAAGUUACACAAAUAAUGGUAAAAGAGAGAGCAAAUAAACUGAAAUAUUGCCUACUAUUGUACUUUCCAGAAACAGCUGCAGAUAUGUUUGCUUCAAUGAACUUUUUGAGCUGGAUGGAAAGGGUUCUGCAUUAGGAGUUCCUUUUGUACUGUUUUUCAGCACAUCUUCACGGAUGUUUCUGUACUGUUUUGAAAACCAAUUAUGAAAACUGUUUUUUAUGAUUUGUUUGUAAAUCACUUUGAGGCACAUGUAAAAGGUGAUUGAUAAAUUGGUCAAUAAAUCACACAAGCACACACUACUUGCCUUUUAAUUUACGCAGUUUAAAAGGUGGCUUACAUUAAUCAAAAUCAAACUGCCAUCAGCAGCAACUCUGUGUAACAAUGGCUUUGUUCUGGCAUAAAAAAAAACCUUCCAAAAUGGUGUGAGUUGAACAUCUCUAGGAUGUCUAGCAGCAACCAUCCUCUGAAUCUGUGACAAUCAGAGUAGGGCCACUGAAUAAGAUCACAAUGACCAGCUUCAUAUAUGGGAAUUAGUUAUCCUUUUCUUAUUCCUGGCCUCAAACCAUAUGCAGUAUUAAAAACUAUGAAAUAUUCUCAGAAACAAAGAAGCAAAGAUCACCAGUGUUGAAGCAAUGAUUCUUCAACAUCAACUUCAUUGGACUGGACAUGUUGUGCAGAUACCUGAUUAUCAUCUUCCAAAGCAACUACUCUAUUCCGAACUUAAAAAUGGAAAGUGUAAUACUGGUGGUCAACAAAAGAGGUUUAAAGACUGUCUCAAGGCAAAUCUAAAAAAAAAGUAGUAUAAACACUGACAACUGGGAAACACUGGCCUGCGAAUGCUCCAAUUGGAGAACAACCUUUACCAAAGGUGUCAUGGGCUUUGAAGACACUCAAACUCAGGAUGAAAGGGAGAAAUGUGCUAGGAGGAAGGCACUCUUGGCAAAUCCACACCGUGAUCAACUCCCUCCUGGAAACCAAUGUCCCCACUGUGGAAGGACAUGUGGUUCCAGAAUUGGCUUCCACAGUCACUUACGGACUCAUUGUUAAAACUGUUUAUGGAAGACAAUCUUACUUAGCUAUGAGUGAUCGCAGAAGAAGAAGAAGAAGAAGAAGAAGAAGAAGAAGAAGAAGAAAGAGAAGAAGAAAGAAGAAGAAGAAGAAGAAGAAGAAGAAGAAGAAGAAGAAGAAGAAUUCUCAGAAACGCACAGGAAGUCAGUGAGGAUAUUUUAAUACUGAUGAAAUGUGUUCAAAUUGGCUGUCCCCAGUCAACAGUUUGCCUACUACAUUUUACAUUUAUUGAAGUGUGCAAGUACCCAAAGGCAUCCAGAGAUAUAACACAUUGCAGGGCAGAGCAAUCUUGACCCCUGAACAGCUGCAUGAGAGGGAGUUUCCAUAUGCCCAGCCCUGAACAGCUGUGUUAGCUUCCUCUUUGCUUCUGCAUGUCUAUAUGAUUAUAGCCCACAAUCAAUUGUGAAAUCUGCUAAAAGAAAAUAAUAAUAAUAAUAAUAAUAAUAAUAAUAAUAAUAAUAAUAAUUUAUUAUUUAUACCCUGCCCAUUUGGCUGGGCCACCCCAGCCAAUCUGGGCGGCUUCCAUAGAAACCAAAAAUACACUAAAAUAUCACACAUUAAAAACUUCCCUGAACAGGGCUGCCUUAAGAUGUCUUCUGAAUGUCAGGCAGUUGUUUAUCGCUUUGACAUCUGCUGGAAGGGCAUUCCACAGGGUGGGCGCCACUACCGAGAAGGACCUCUGCCUGGCUCCCUGUAGCUUUGCUUCUUGCAAUGAGGGAACCGCCAGAAGGCCCUCGGCGCUGGACCUCAGCGUCCGGGCAGAACGAUGGGGGUGGAGACGCUCCUUCCAUCAAUUCGCCUUCAGGAACACAGAAAAGAACAGGAAGCCCAAGUGCCUUAUGCCUCCAGUGCCCUGGUCUUCCUUUUACUUAUACAUCUGUUCUGUCCUUGCAUCAAGAGUUUGCACAUCUCAAAAGAGGAGAAGUUGGAACAUUAUGUUGUUGUUGUUGUUGUUGUUUAGUCGUUUAGUCGUGUCCGACUCUUCGUGACCCCAUGGACCAGAGCACGCCAGGCACUCUUGUCUUCCACUGCCUCCCGCAGUUUGGUCAAACCCAUGCUGGUAGCUUCGAGAACACUGUCCAACCAUCUCGUCCUCUGUCAUACGCUUCUCCUUGUGCCCUCAAUCUUUCCCAACAUCAGGGUCUUUUCCAGGGAGUCUUCUCUUCUCAUGAGGUGGCCAAAGUAUUGGAGCCUCAGCUUCAGGAUCUGUCCUUCCAGUGAGCACUCAGGGCUGAUUUCCUUAAGAAUGGAAAGGUUUGAUCUUCUUGCAGUUCACGGGACUCUCAAGAGUCUCCUCCAGCACCAUAAUUCAAAAGCACCAAUUCUUCGGCGAUCAGCCUUCUUUAUGUUAGUAUGAAGAAAUGCAGAGGACAGGAAGUAUGGGCUAGUGUGCUUCCUGUUCCUCUGUAUCUCAUAACCGCAGAAGACUCUCUGAGUAUACUGGAAUGAGAAAUAAGCUAGGUAGUUUUUAGUCCUACAAAUCAUGUUUAAAAGACAAUGGAGGUCAUUCAUUUCCCAGUGGAAAAGAAUAACAUGCCAUAAGCUAUUUUUGGUUCCAGUUUAACAAUGUUAAUUGAAAUCCAAACUGGCAAUAAGAUUGCUGGAAUUUCAAAGGCUGAAGACAAAGGUAAGAUGUGGUGUCAACGUAGAAAGCUAUGUGUAGCUUAAAAUGUGCAAAGACAGAAAGUGACAGAGUAUAAUUAUUACUCUAAAGGAGAAGAAGAAGAAAAACAGUUCUUAAGGUUCAUUUCAGGCAUACUAAUUUUAGAACACCAGUGAACAAGAAAAUCUUCAAAUGUCAGGCUAGUUAAAACAUAAGUCUGCAAAUUAUGGAUGCAAUCCAACUGCAUUAAAAUCAAUGACAAGUUUUGCAACUGAAUUAAAUAGGAGGUAUAUUGAACACGGUGACUUUAUUAUUCCAUUACCUAAUCUGCAUCUGUGUUUAUUUACAGCCCAAAGUGAUUACGCUCCUCAUUUUAUAUGUUAGGGUCGUUAAAAUUGUGUUCUUGUUGUCACUUGUUGGUUUUCUAAUAUGUGUUUGUAUUUUUCUUUGAACAGAAUUACCUGGAACAAUAUACCAGUCAAAACUCAGGCAAGAAACACCCAGUGAGUGCUUCAACAUCUGUGGCUAGAUUACAGAAUAAAAAUGAAAUGUAUUUUAAAAAUUAAUAAAGAUUUAUUAAAAUGCAGCGUAGUCUGUUCCUUGGAUAAUAGUAUGACUAUUACCAAUAGCAGCUAUUAGUUGCUUUGGGAUAGAAGAUUCAUUUUUUUCUCACCUUGAAGUAGUCAAGAAUUCAGUGUAAUCUAUGAGUUUUUUGUUGAAGACCAAGGUAGAAGAAAAUGGAGUAUACCAUAUAGUGCCUAGACUAGUGAUACUACUACUAAUAAGAGGAUAAAUGCCUGCUACUACUUUUACUUCUAUUGCUACCACUACUAGUAGCAAUAGGUUGGUAGCAUCACGUGAAUACAGGAAAUUUAGGUUUGCACAAUAAAAGCGAGUUUUGCUGCCCAGGUGUAACAAGGCUUUUUGAGAUUUGGAGGGAAAGUGUGGGGUGAAUGAAUGGUUCACGGGAAGAUGCACAAAUAUCCCACAUGCAAAUCAGGAUGACUGCUCAUUGAUAGUAAACCUCCCUGGAGACAAGUCAGAAUGAAUGUUUCAUCAAGAUUGGAUGCAGCCUAACCUCUGUGUAAGCUUUGUGCAAGCAAAUCAUAAUAAAUGGUCAAUAAACAGGUCCUUGAGAUGUGCCCUAAGUCAGAGAGACACCCUAAUGCCCUUGAAUGCUUAUAUCCAUACAAUGUUUUAUUUAAAACCAUUAGGGUUUUUAGAAUUAAUACUGAAGUGAUUUAAGGUUAGCAUAUAUGGAAAUUUAAUAUUUCCAUAUAAAAAUACCUUAGAACAGAGUGGAAAAGUGGAAAAUAUUAAAGCUUUCUAUACUUGGGCUUUUAUGACUGUAGAAUGCCAGGACAGUGUCUAAUUUGUUAUAGCUGUAGCAAAAGUGAGAACAGGUUAAAGGUUCACUGUAGCAACAUGUUUGAGUUGACUUACUGGAAUUUUAAUCAAGACUAAUAACUUAAAAGUGCUUAGAGAAACUAAAGUAGUUUAAUUUUAUUUAACACAAAGGAGCUAAGGCUUUGAAUCCCCUGCCCAAAAUUAAUAUUUGCUGCAUCAAAAUUAUGGAGGAGGUGGGUAGAGGUGAGACUGAGUCUGUUUACCAUUUCCUGUGCUUCCCUCAGCUAUCUUUUUAAGGAGCUAAAACAAUACCAUUUCCUAUCAUAAUGCACCAUGUUUUUAGGUUUGCUGUUGAAACCUGAGUUCACAUGUGUGCUCAUAAGUAUGUGUAGAUAAGGACACAUGGUAACAAGUGAAGAAAAAGGUUCAAUUAAGGCAUUCCUAUGUUAGUUAUGUGAAUAAGACGAUAUAAACAAAAAGAGAGAACCAAAUCGAACCAUUUGUUAUUUAUUUUUAAUUGGACUGAUAAUGUCCUCAGCUACAUGUGCUUAGGAGUAUAGAUGUUUGUUCUUUACAGUACUUCUGUUGUAGGAAAUGAAGUUUGGAACUGAAUAAUUUGUUCAACUGUGGGGAUCUUGGAACAUACCAACUUCAAAUGCCAUAGAGGUAUGUCAUCACCACGGUACAUUGGGGCUCCAUUUUGUUUGAACAGCUAAGCUCCAGUAGCCACACAAGGAACCUUGGCCACAAAUCCAGUCCACACUCCAUUAAACAAACCAUCGUCUGAUCUGUAAUUGACAUAGCAGCAGAUAUAGGCCUAUAAAAUUUUAAGGGGCAGGCAAAGAUAGACUCAGGCUUCCUCGGGUCAAGCAGGGAUGCCUGUUCCUUUACCUUCCCACCUGAACAUAGAGAGUAGAACUCAUCUGUGAAAUGAGUUUUGUUUGGAACUGACUUUAUAUGUGCGAAUGAGAUUUACUGAGCGUUACUUGUUAAGAUACAGCUGCUCCCUGGACUGUAUUGCUCUCGGAAGGAAUGUGUGGUGCACACAUGGCUUUGAAAGGCAAGAAAGUGAAGUAUGAAAUAAAACUGCUGGGAUAGAUAUAGAAUGAUUGACGGCGUGUAUUUUCUGCUGAGUGCAAUCUGUUUGAGGGUACCAGAGAGAUAAGAAUGUGGUAUGUAGUAUGUAAAAGGGUUUUCUUUCUCUUGUACUCAAUCACACUGUAUUAACUUAAAUAACAUCUCACUUCCCUCACCCACCAUGUACCACUUUCUUUUCACUUCCCAAAACAACACAAAACCAUGGCUUGUACAAGAGAAAUGUGGCCUUUUCAAAUUAUAAAUCUUUCUCUUUCUGACAUAGCCCCUCUGUUGGUGGGAAGAAAUGUUCUGUGUGAGAAAUGUUCACUGUGAAUGUUCUCUAUUUCAGAUGUCAUAGAAAGUAUGUUGUUGUUUCUUCCCAGUGUUUGGUACAGGCAGCAUACAAUUCUCUUUCAAGGGGAAAUAUUGCAAGGAAGUUGAUAAUUUUCUGAUUAAUUCUGCGAGGAAAUCAGGUGCAUGUUUUCAGUGAAUGAAACUCAUUUUUGCUCAAUUUCUGUACCAAAUACAAAGUUGUUCAGAGCCUUGACUGAAACUCCUUUGAAAUAAACUUAGAUGGCUACUGUAAAUAAUCACCAGUGAGGUGGUGGUACAAAGUUUUCACUGAAAUCUAGUGAAUCGUGUUGUUUUCAGUGCCAAAUGAAGGAAAAUUGCCUUUGUGUUAUGGAGGUUCUGCUUAUCUCCAGAGCUGUAAGAGCUAGACUGUUUUGUAAGGAACAGAAAAGCAGUAAAUAGUCUUGAAGGCUGGUGUCUUUCUCUCAUCAGAAAAGUUGGAUGUAUCCCAUUCCUGUAUAAUACUAAUUAGUCUGUGGCCUCUUAGUCCAGGCAUGAAACAAUCACUUUCAGAUGAACCUGCAGGUGAAAGGCUUGGACUUCCUUUUUAUAGCAGGCUUAAAAUAACCACACUUCUUUUUUCUUGUGAUAAAGCUGCUUUGCACUCUGGUCUCAUCAACUACAUUGGGAUCUUAAUUCCUUUCUGCCACAUUUCAUGUAAUAAAAAUCUUUUAAAGUAGGCUUGCUUAAAUGGCAAAUUCUCAAAACAAGGAAAUGGAUGAGGUGGUAGUGGCAGGCCGGGCAUAACUACUCCAGAGGUGGACCGGAGUGAAGUUUGCUGGUCCAGUCUGGUCUGUCCCCAAAAGCGGAGCCAGGCACCCAGCCCAUCAGUGAUUGGCGAAAUGACUAGCAGGCCAAAAGUCAAUUCCCAGGCUGAUGCAAGACCAAUUUGGCAUUGCACCAGCCUGGGAAAAGACCCCACCUCCAGGUUCCAUGCCAGAUCAUGGUGGAGGCAGCUGGUGUCAUCCUGCAAAGGUGUCCAAUCCUGGAGAUACACGUCAUUCUCAAAACAAGGCUAUCAACAUUCUGGACAUAUUUAGAGACAUAGAAGACAACUUCAAUUUCUCAGUAUAGUACCAGAAUAGAUUUAUUUAGGAACUAAUUAGGGACUGAUGGUUCAAUUCCCAAAAUUAGCUCUAUUUGUUGUUGAGGUGAACAGUCAGAUCUAGAGGUCCCAAAACACUUUCAAAUCUCUCAUUGACUUGUUAACUUGACAGAAUGGCUGUAAAUGGCACUCAAACACAUGAGACACAGUACAUAUGACUUUUCUGUACAUAUACUUUGGACACAGCUCUUUAUAUUUUAAGCCCCCGUUUUGUUCUUUUGAUUGUAAUUUAUUUUGAACUGGUUUUAAUAUUGUAUGUUGAAUUGUUUUCACCUGCCAUGGGAGCUCACAAUAAAAAAAAUGUUAGAAACAUUUGAGAGGCAUUUGAGAGGCAUUUGCAAUAUACAGUUGGCCACAUAUUAUUAAGUUUUUUUAAAAAAAAUGGCAGAUAACUACAAUGCGGCCACCGCCCUGUGAAAUGUUGAUGCUUGCUAGAACUGCAAAGGUGGGUGGUGAAGCUUCUUCAGGCACUUUGCAUUUCAUUGUGCUAGUAGACAACAAGGUAAAAGUUUUCAUUUUAAUGUAAUACAGCCUUGAAGGUAGUACUGGGGAAAUCUGGCUCAGGUUACCUGGUGGCCUGUCUGGAAGAACAAUCUAUGAUAGGUUUCCUCUCUCCACUCCUGCUUGUCUUUCUUUCCUCCUUUAUUGGUUUCACCAUUUUUCUCAAUGAGCCUAAAGCAUAUUUUCCCAAACUCUUAAAAAUCAAUAAAUAUCAGGACACCUCAACUGUCUCACCACAUGCCAAUCUCUCUACCUCUCUCUUGCACACACACACACAUACAUGCACACAUGUUGUAAAGAAGCCCAUUCAAAUCAAGAUCCCUUUUUUAAAAGAACCAUCACAGUGUGAACUACCUGCAUUUUCUUUUUUAGCCCUGCUUUUCUUUCCUGAAUGAAACAAGGCAUUGUUACUUAGCAGAGCCUUUUCAAUUUUGGAUCUGCCAAGAACUGAAAGGACAGAGGUGAAUAGUGUAGAAAUGUAAAAGAGACAAUUAUACCAAAAAAAUGUGCCUUUUGAAGUUUCUUUUCCCCACCUUUUUCUUACAUACAUAUUUUACUGUGGGAAAGGAUAACUGUAUAUAAAAGCAAUGGUAAACGAAGCUCAAUUAGGAUAAAUGAGGAUUAGGAUAAAUAUCCUGCUUUUUCACUUCCAGCUGAAAAAGUAGGACAUUAAUACUGUAUAAGAGAACAAGGAGAACCUGCUGGAUCCGGCCCAUCUAGUCCAGCUUCCUGUUCUCACAGUCGUCAACUAGAUGCCUGUGGAAACCCCACAAGAAGGACUUGAGCACAAGAGCACUCUUCCUCCCAUAUUUCCAGUAACUGUUAUUAAGAAGCAUUAAUGCAACUAUGGAAGCCGGGCAUAGCCAUCAUGACUAGUAGCCAUUGGCAGCCUUAUUUCCAUGAUAUUGACAAGCAGACAGAUAGCUGAGAGCAUUCAAGGGGCUACCUACAUAAGAACAUAACAAUAAUCUUUAAAACCAGAACCUCUGAAUGUGGUUGGAGCUCUUUGUUUUUCACUUUACACAACUCCCUGUUCUUCUAGGAUGACAUGGAGGAACAUGUGUAUGAACUGGUAGAUCCACGUGGAAGCUGUAUCUGUGUUUACACAGUCAGAGCCUGGAAAAAGUAGCAGUAGGAACUGAGCAAUGCCCACCAGUUGGGAUAAAUGUGAUGUUAUAAAGCCUGCUGAUGAACUGGUUUUACCUUCAAAUAACUGCAUAUAAAAAACGAACUGCAGCACCUGCGUUGAGCCUCCAGAAAACUAGAUUCUGAAGUUGUGAAGUUUCAUAAGAAGUUGGCUACUCUCCUUUCUUUACUGGGGCAUCCAAGAAGCUGCUGAUAGCUGAGCCCAAUGUUACAUACUGUACAUGUAACAGAUGGGCUUCUGUCAACCUGCUUGUAGGUAGCAACUCAUACUAGAUUUAUAAUACAGUACUGUAUUAAAUUGGGUCCUCCCUUAAAGAGGGCACUUAUUGCAGUGAGACCUGGACAACCAACACCCUGUGUUGUGGGUGGGUACAAUUGGUAAGCCACAACACCCAAUUGGUAGGUCCUUCAAAACUGGGUACAAUCUGGCCAAAGGGACACAGUUCAAACAGUCUGAGGGACCUAUUUAUGCCCAUGUCCGUGACCCAGAGCUUCCUCUUUCAGCAUGUGCAUUCGGAACACCUGCCCACCUCUCCCUACUUUUAGGGCUUGUUGCACUUGACCUUGUUAUGCUGUCGUGUGUCGUUGGGACAGGGGCAUGGCAGGAAUUUCCCCUACUUGGCUGUUUUGCUGUUGCCAUUUGGGUUUUGCCUGCUGCGUAGCACAUCAUCACAACUUGUAAGGUAUCGGAUAGGCUCUGCUUCAGGUGUAUGUAGGGUAUUCCGUUAAAGGAAUCCAGGGACUCGAUGGUUUGGUCAACCCCUGUGAGGGCGUUGUGCCUGUGCCUGAGUCCAGGGGGACAUUUGGGUGGUGGAGUUAGCCCGUUCCUGGCUUUCCACUUAUCCAGAUGUUCACCCUUGGCUGAUCUAUGCUGGUUCCCUGGGUCAGCGCUACCUGCGUGGCAGGGAGCUAGUUGAACCAGAGCCUAUGCAACCAGUCACUUUCUGUAAUCAAUAAUGUUGUGGCCUAAAUUCUGCCAAAAACCAAACCAAAAUUUUGAGUCAAGUGUGAAUUUAUUUAGGGGGAGGUUUCUGGGUCUGAACAUGCAAGUUGUGUUGUGGUGGUGAAGCACCAGAGCUGCAGUCUAAAGACUCUUUGUAGGGCCAUGAUGUAUUUUCAAGCUCUGCCUACUCAAAUCAGCCACUAGGAAAGGCUAUAGAGGACUUCCUCUUUUGGUUAAGACUGCAUGAACAACAAUUUGCACUCUGGUUCCACUGGUUUUUGUUCUGGUUCGUUCCUAGGCUUAAAUUGUCGGCUUUGUCUUUAGUGUCUGAAUAUUUCCAUGUUUCAAUGGUUCUGACUCCUGUCUGCUCUUGGGCCUGUUGGAUCUAACUCCUGGCAAAUUCCUGACCUCUGGUUCCUAGCUCCACACCUGUGUCCCAGCCCUGUCAUGAUGCUAGUUGCACAGUAGAAAGGGGCUUGUUUAAGUAGUAGGCAAAAUUUAUAUUUGAGGGUUGCAAAUGGUUAUCCUAUUUGGUUAUAUAAGCAGUUGCCAAAGACAGAAUGAAAAUGGAUGUGUAGCAUGCUGCUUGUGUAGUCCUUUGAAAACCAAACUUAGUAAAAAGGUGAGUGGAUUUUCUAUAACCCUCUGGAGAAUACUUAAUAGAUUUUCUCCCCACUUGCAAAUAAAAACUGAAGUACAAAGUCUGAUCCAAAGUUGGUUAGUGAACUUGCAAGUAACCAGACAUCCAUGCAAUUAAUUCGUCCUGAUGUCAAUUCAUCCCAGUGCACAUAUCUUCCAUCAUAAAAAAUAAUAAUAACUUGAUCUCUUCUUUUUGUCUCCUUGCUUCAGUUCACCAGAAGUUGUGAAGUUAAUAAUAAUUAACAAUCAAUACCAAUCUGGGAGACAGAGUGGAAAAAAUAAAACUAAAAUUGAGCCAUUGUGUGGCAUUAUCCGUCUGACAUGAUGAUGCAUGCUGUAUUGAACCAUGUAAUGGUUCACAACCAAUGUAAUAGGAUGACACUGACAAAAUUGUAUAGGGAACAGACUUAUUGUAAUUAAAUUGCAGCUUUCAGCAUGAAUAUCAUCCAUCUAAUACACAGCCCACAAAGUGAAUGGAAGCAUGCAAACAUGAUUGUAGUGUUUACAACAAACUAAUCAAGGCUUCAGGCUCCCUGUUAGCAGUAAUAUAUCUCAUUGUACAAGUCAGCAGCAACUUCCUGCAGUGUUCUGCAUUCUGACUGCAGAUGUAUGGGAGGCCAAUCUAAAUAAGUGCAACUCACAUCAAGUAGCCACAAAUAAUUCAGAAGGAAAUUGAAAUUGCAUUCAUAUUAUUUUAACAAUUGUAAUUUACUUUUUUAAAAACACACACCAGGGCUUUAACAUCAGUCCCUCAUUGUUUGUGUAUGUGUUUGGGCAGGGAGAGCUAUGGGAAUACAGAAAUACAAAGGAUGGAAAAGAAGGGAACAUCAUUUGUUUAUGCAAAUUGGAUCCGGCAGUAGAACUCCAUUCAUUCUAGAGUGUGAUGCUUACAUUCUUCGGGUCUGCUUCCAGUAAGAAAAACAGUAAGAAUACUUGUAUUAGAUUACUGUAAUAGCAUCAGAAGAGGUACAUGUUUUCCCAACUGCAAUUUCCCCUUCAUUCAGUGGGGCUUUCUCUCAGGUAAGUGUGUACAGGGCUGACACCUCCUAUUACACUAGGCGAACUGUAACAAAGACCAUGCCUGAUUUUAAAAGCAGGAUGGUUCAUGCAUGCACAUUUAUUUCUUGCCCAUAGGCCCCCUAGCAUGGGAGGAGGAAAAGGAGACACUUUAUCUAGCCCUGGGCAUCUAGUCCUUGACAUGGGCAGUAAGUCCAUAACCAAAAUAAAAAGAAAAUAAGGCUAUAUUGUUGUACAUCUUGCUUGAGGAUAUUUGCACAGACGUAACCCCUUGUAUUUAUGUAGGGUGCCCAGAUCAUGUAGGAAAAUGUGGGACUUGCUGGUAACAAUGAGAAACAGUGCUAGAACAUUAGAUAUGCUAGCCUAUGCCUUCCAAGAAGAAAGUUGUAUAGGAAACUCUAGUAGGUUGAGAAACAGAGGGAAGUGUGCGACCUUAUAUGACAUGCCUUCCUGAGAACUUCUUUGAAUUCUUUAAUGCUUGAUGACAUUUUCUAUGCACAGGGAAGAGGUACGAGUGGGUUAUGGCAGCAGACUAUUAGCAGGAAGGACAAGGAUAAUAAUCAACAGGGGUGCCAAGAUCUCAGGAACCUUUUUGCGGAUGAAAUUUAAAGGCUUCAGAAUAUGAGAGAGUAAAUGGAUGCUAUUUCCAAAGUACAUGUAAGAACUGGCAUGAGAUCCCAGGAACAGGGAACAAGAUCUAAUAGGCAUUUGCGUAUGGUCUCAAUAGAUAAAACAGCUGAGGGAGUUGGGUAAUGUUUAGCCUGGAAAAAAGGAAAGUGAGAGGAGAUAUGAUAGUAACCUUCAAAUAUCUAAAGGGCUGUCAAAUAGGAAAAAAGAGCAAUCUUGUUUUUUCCAGCUCUAGAGGCUAGGACAAGAACCAAUGGAUGCAAGAUACGAGAAAGGAGAUUCUGACUAAGCAUCAGGAAGAUCUUUCUAUGGUAAGAGCUGUUUGAUAGUGGAAUGGACACCCUCAGAAGGUGGUGGACUCUCCUUCAUUGGAGGUUUUUAAGCAGAGGUUGGAUGGCCAUCUGUCAGGGAUGCUUUAGUUGAGAUUCUGCCUGGCUGGGGGUCGGGCAAGAUGACUCUUGGGGUACCUUCCAGCUAUACAAUUCUAUGAUUCUAAUUUAUAUGCAUAUAUACCAUUGUGCAAUGCCUUCUUGUAAGUAGAAAUUGAGCAGCCAGGAGCUUAGAUAAGGAUGUUUAAAGAAGCAUAAACAAAUAGGUUUAAAGAAGGACAGUACUGAAUCUUUCUGUUUUUAAAUAAAGACCAUUACUGGGGUGUUCUAAGUUUGUAUUGGACCCACUAACAUGAUGCUUGAGAACUGCAAGAUUGGGUUUGGAGGAGAGUUUAGGUCAAUCUGUAUCUUAAGUGAAUUGACACAAUUCACACCUCCUGGACCAACACACAGAUUGGUAAGUAAUUUUCCUUUGGAUUUUGCAAUUCUUUUAAUUUUGCAAUACAGUUCUCAGCGCAAAAAGCACCAGAAUGAAUGAAAACAACUAUUACAGGACAGAAAUAUGUACACUGAGAUAAAAAUACAGAUUCAAAUACAGAUUUACUAUAAAUAUGUACUCAAAUGUGUGUGUGUGUUUUGCUCAGAUUUGGAAACCAACAAUUCACAGAUUAAUGUGGAAGUGGGAUGCAAACAAUUUACGAGUGAACACAUGUGAACUGGCAUGGACCAGAAAUAGACUGAUCCACCCAUCCCUAUAGAACAUUUGACUUAGCUCUGUACAUUAAGCAGUGCCAUUGAAGGAAGUUCCAGAGAGUGCUCAUUCACAUGUGCAAGUUGCAGCAGACAUGCAUGCCAUGAACUGGGCCAAAAUGCAACAAGGACUUGCAUAUGCAGCAGAAGGUUUGGGAACGCAGGUAGCAAAAAGAACAGCUCAGUAAACAAGACAACUGGAACAAUGCCAUUUCAGCAAUCUCCCCCCACCCACCCACAUUAUCUGUGAAUGUUGAGAGUAGUAUUAGAAGCCAGCAACUCUCUGCAGUUGUUAAUACAAUUAACACCUCAAAUUGCAACCGCACAUUCAAAAUGGCAGUAAGGUGGUUCAGCAGCUUUAUUUAUCUCAGCGAAUUUUUAACACAUUAAGCCCAACAGAUACAUACAAUACUUCUAUUAUAGCAGAGAGUAAUUCUGUUUAAUAGAUUUCCCAUCUUCUCGAUCCUGGCCAGGUAAUUUAGUUUAUGCUAGUUCACAUUUGAGUUAAUGUUUUCUUCACCACAAGUGGGGCCUGCAACAAAAUGGUGCAGUGUGGAAUUCUCCUGUUCAGGAAUCCAGCCAGCCAUGCCCUUUUCCCCGGUAUACUCCAUUCCAUCCUUCCUGCAUUCCACUCUUCAAUCCCUGUUCCUGACCAAGAGUCAUUCUGCAUCUCAUGCCUCCUGAAUAUUCUCACUUAUGCCAAAGUUGUUUUUAGGGUUUUCUUCUACUUAGGGUUUUCCCUUUUUCCUCCCCCCUUUGUUUCUUUUUUGUACUAUGGCAAAUCUUUGGGUGCCCUCAAGCCUGUGAAUGCUACCCUAAUGUGCAUGGAUGGUGCUGUUUUGGCUACAUAAGGACUGACAAUUGGACAGUGGUUUUGCUGUUAGUAUAUGCAAUCCCUGUACUGAGUAACAACAGGAAUGGAGUGAACAGCUGGCAGCUUAAAAGGCAAGGUGCUGUCUUUAUGUGAUCUUGAUCUGUGGCAUGCCACAUAAAGCUUUGCUAUGUCAAUGCCUCAGUGAUCUAUUUGCAGUGCUGCUGCAUUGGAACAACCAAGGUGCUUGACCUCAAAUCCUUGGAUAUCCCACUGCAAUCCAAGAGUACCACCGGAACUACAGCUGAAGGACCCUAGUGAGCAAUCGCCACUGCCGUCAUCUCUGUUUGCCCCCUACAUUUCACAGCCAAAGGAUCCCACCAGAAUUAGCACAUUGAUUUAUUGAAAACAAACAUAUUGAUUUUGCAUUAUGCUUCUCCCAGCUGCCGCUUUCCACUUCCUAUUUGUUUUUUUUUUCUUUGCUCUUGUUCAGAAGAAUAUUUCAUAUUCAUAUCCCAUCUCUCGGGGUGCUCUUCAAAGUUAUAGUCUGCAUGUCAGUUGCUUUUAGCUUCCCUUUCCAGCAUGGGACGAGACUUAUAGGCCUCUGAUGAUGUCCGCAACAUAUUCUCCCAUGACUGAGCCAGCUAGAUAAACAGGGUCAAUGAGGGAGGGGAGAGAGAGAAAAGGGAGAGACAAACGAGCCAAGAUCUUAAGAGCUUCUUGGUCAAAAAUAAAAUCUCCAAUGAACAUUUGAGGCAGCUCUGCUGAUGAGUCACUCCACGAUAAUGGCUGUCUUGACUGAAAUGGGUCAUGUCACAGAUUGCAGACAACAUGAUGCUAACUAAUAAUAAUGAGGAGGAGGAAGAAUAAGGAGGUGGAAAAUUGUCAUCAGGUUACUGUGACACAAACGAAACUCUUGAAAAUAAUGUUUCAAAUGUGAUUUUGAUUACAUGUGCUGCAAAGUGGACUGCAACUGUGCAUAUAAUAAUCAAAGGAAUGCAUAGCCAUAUGUGGGGUGCUGAUAAUGCCAAGGUUGCAGGUUUAAUCCCCGUAUGGGGCAGCUGCAUAAUCCUGCAUUGCGGAGGCCUGGACUAGAUGAUCCUCAGGGUCCCUUCCAACUAUGAUUCUAUGAAAACAAAAAUCCUGUACGGUUCUUCAUACCAUUUUAAUAGCCUUCAACUCAACAGUAUCUUCAAUGUGCCAUUGAGCUCUUAGAUAGCCCAGUACUGGUUUAUUGCUGCUUUAUCUGGGCAUAGGAGGACUUCCAGUAAUGGUUGAGGUUAGCGUGCAAUCUAGAGAAAGUCAGAAUGUGCACAACGCUGGCAUUCUAGGGGGAAAGGAUAGAGAAAUAGCAAUGUACAGAGACCACCCAUAUGGCAUAAAAUAAAAUAAAAAUAUUCUCCCUUCCAGUCGAUGUGCAGGCAACAUGCCAGUUCACUAUGAAAAUAAAGAAAAAUAUGAGAGGCUUAAGUUCUCUUCCCUUAUCUCUGUCCAGCUCUACCAUGCCAGAUCAUAUGCAACACUGCUCGAACCACCAAUCUUCUGGUUAACAAGCAGAUGUACUGACCCACUGCACCAAGAUUUGCCUUGCAUUGCAAAGAAUGUUCCAUGGUAACCCCUGCUGAGUUGAUACUGGAAAAGUAGAUGGAUUGGACACACAGUUAUUCAGCAAAGCAAAGUGCUUCUCAUCACAGAGGUUCCCCAUCAUGAAAAGUAGCCAUUAAUAAACCCAUUUUCCACAUAUCUGUCCAUUUUUUCAAACAGCCAUCUGCAUUGCUAUUUUAAACAGAAAGCACAUAUCCUAAUGCAAGCUGGUUUUACACACGCACACAUACAGCUGGUUCAGAACAUUUAUGUAAAUGGUCCUUGUUGCAACUUCGUAGUCUGUUUUGGGGCAAGACAUUCACAGCCACAGUGACAUUCAUCGUGCAAACAACAAAAACAUGCAAACCACAAGGUCGAAGCAAGUUAUUCAGAGCAAUAUCGUGCAGCAAGUGCAUCUGAUCAAAGUUAUAUUCCCCAGUUUUCUACUUAAGAAUCCUAAUUGUUUCAAGCUGAGAUAGUUAUUCUGCGUUUUGUUUGUUACUGUGUUUGUUUCACAACUGAAGUUAAGAUACAAGAUCAUAAUUACCAGUACUUUGAAUAUAAACAAAACACUGUGAAAUUAUCCAGCUUUAUGAAAGGGGGAGGAACCCCAAGUAGAAAUAAGAUCUUGGUGGACAGUGAACCUAUUUGAAAGCCCGAGAUGCUGUCAAAGCCCAACUGUGUGCAGAAAUUGGAUUAUACCUUGUGAUAGCAAAAGCAAACGCAAACCUGAAACAAGGCAAAUUCUUUCAGAAAAAGUAAGAAGGUACACUGAGCUGUGACAUGGGUUAAGUUCAUAAAUCCUUGGUUCAGAAUAUGAACUUUGGGUCCCCCACUUGAGGGUUCCCUACACUAAUUUAGGCUUUAAUCUGAGAGAUAACUUCUCCUGUUACCUCCAAGCAGUUACCUCCAAGCAGUAUUCUCUAACACAAUGCAUUUUAUAUGCUAUUUUCAUGAAUAUAUGUAUUUUAAUGUGCACUUUCCCCUAAUAUAUAUGUCUACAUUAUUUGGCUGCAAACUGCAUCACAAAAUUCAGAGAAGUGCAAAUUCUAAAAGUGUGCUUUGGUUCACAUAUAGUUUCAGAUAGUGCAAAUCAGGUAGGUUCACAUUAAAAUCCUACCCAAAUCAAAUUUCUCCUCCUCCUUAAUCCUGUCAUAGCAAGAAUGAAGAAUGAAGAAUUAUUUAUUGUAGUCAGAAUGUGCAGCCUCUAGAAAUACAAAUGCUGUGCACUUUAGACAUUUAUCAGCAAAAGGUUGAGGUCAAACCUGGAUUUCCCCUCCCCAUACAUAGAAACGAGGGGCCUUUGCAUUCAAUGCAGACCCUGAGCAGUUAGGUAACACAACUUUUUGUCAACUUUCAGGAGGUUGAACCCUUCGCAGGAAAGGUGUUUCAUUAACUAGGGUCUGGAGAAAAGGCCACCUUCCCCCCCCCCCCCCACUGCGCUGCCUAUGGAUAUUCAAAAAGUCUUUCAUUGCGGGAAAUCAUGAAGAGCACAUUCUACAACUGUAAGCAAACACAAGCCAGUUUGUGAUGAUUGUUAGAAUAAAACCUUUGCUAAUGUUUUUUAAAAGUCUUCAUGUAAUAGCCAUGAUGCUGCUGAAGCUCUGUGGCAUGGUAAAGAACCGAAACAAAAGGCAUUCUUGGAUCCAAAAGGUAAAGGAAGAAGAUAUUAAUUGAGUGCACACAGUCAUUUUUAACCACAUAUCUGGAGGAACUCUUCUUCUUCUUCUCCUUUGGCGAUCACUCAUAGCCAAAUAAGAAUCUCUUCUACAAACACAGUCUUAACAGUGUGUCCGUAAGUGACUGUGGAGGCCAAUUCUGGAUCCACACAUCCUUCUACAGUGGGGACAUAGGUUUCUGGCUUGGAGUUGAUCACGGUGAUGGCUUACCAAACGUGCCUUCCUCUUAGCAUGUUUCUUCCUUUCAUCCUGAGUUUGAGCAUCUUCAAAGUCCAUGACACCCUUUGUAAAUUGGAACUCUCUCUCUCUCAUAUUUUUUUCCAAUGAGCUUGUGAAGUUGUUGUGUAAGUUCAGUUCCAUCCACUUUGAAUACUCCGGCAGGUAUCCCAUCAGAAUACCUGCAUUGAAUUAUAAUCUUGACAGCCAUCAUGGAACAUAUUAAUCGGUGAUCUGUCCAGCCGUCAUCAACACUUGUCAUAGCUCUGGUAAGGAGCACAUCAUGGCAAUCUUCAGCUCAGACAAUUACAUAGAGAUGUCAGUGGUGCGACCAAGGGUGCCUCCAUGAUGUUUCUUAUUUAAAUUUUUGUCGAAAGGGGUUGUUGGUAAUAACAAGGUUGUGUGCUUCACAUAUAUUCAAAAGUAAGAUUCCGUUCUGGUUGCUGUUGCCAAUUCCUUCUUUCUCAAUAGUCCCAGACCACAGAUCAAAUCUCGCCCAACUCUUGCAUUAAAAUCACCCUGGAGGAUAAUUUUAUCCUCCUUAGGCGUCUCUGAUAGGAUGGCAUCUAGCUGAGAAUAUAAAUUUUUUCUUUAAUGUCUUCAUUGGUAUCCAGUGUUGGUGAAUAAGCACUUAGAAUAGUAGCCUGUUGGUUUUUGGUGAGUUUUAUUUGAAGGGUUGAAAGUCACUCAUUAAUGCUGGUAGGUACUUCUGACAAGAGCUUCACAAGAUCAUUUUUGAUAGCAAAGCCUACUCCAUGUAUUUGACGUUCUUGAUCAGGUAGACUUUUCCAGAAGAAUGUGUAACCUCCUUUUUCUUCCUGCAGUUGUCCCUCUCCUGCUCUUUGAGUUUCUUGAAGCACUGCAAUAUCAAUGUUCAAACUCUCUUGCAAUGAUGGCAAUCCUGUGUUUGGGAUACUUAUUAUCGGUGUUAUCCAACAAAAUCUGUGUAUUCCAUGUUCCAAAGUUCAAUUUUCUUUUACGACCACUGGGUGGUGACCCCACUGGGCACGGUAAUCCAGUCAGGGAAAAAGGGAGGCAGACUAUGUUUAGGGCACCCUUUCUAGCCUCUCCCCCUAUUUGGGGUGAGCAUAGUGGAUCCUAAAUAGGACUUCUCAGUCAUGGAUACAGUUGUUGAGCUACUCAACGGCCUCAUUCCUUGAGUCAGAACGACUGAAUCUGUAUCCGCCAACCAUGUGCCAGUUCAUGACUAAGGGCUUCCAGAUUUCACAGGCCUGCCCCCUUUACCAUUCGCCAAUCACCAUGAGACUUUUUUGGGGUUAGGUUUGGGAUGGGUUUUUGGAAUAUGUCUGUGUGUGAAUUUGUUUUAUGUGUGUAGAUCAGUGAACGCUGACCAAUGCACAGUCUUCGCAGUAAGGCUCUAUUACGAUGGCAUGAGUAUCACAACGACCGGUAGAUUCUUAUCUGUUGCAGCCUUCACCUGCCUUCACGGCCGUUGUAACAUACCGCUUGUUACCUUCUGCCUGUUGUGCUGUUGAGGACUUCUUUUUUGUCUUUCUCCUCCCCUUUGACCUUACCACCUUGGGUGACCCUGCUGGACUAUGAGAUUCCUGACGGCUUCACUUACAAGGGUCAUAGGAAUGUGCAAGCCUACUCACCAUGACAAGGUGAUGAUCCAGCAAGUGAGAGGAGCUAUUAGAUUUGCAGGAAAAACACUCGGAGAUUUAAUACUGUGGCUAAAUAGACCAGAGUGAAACUUUAGCAAACAUACCGGAGGAAACAAUGUGUGGUACUCAAUACCAGCCAUACUCCAGAGUAGAGCCAUUGAAAUGGAUAUGAUUAAUUUUGGUCGUAUCUACUUUGAGUAGGACUUAGUCGAAUGCAACCUUCUAGUAAGGGGAUGAAAAAAAAUCAUUUUAUUCUGCUCUCUCUUUGUUUUUAAUUGGAUGCAGUUUUUAUCUAUAUCAUUUUAACUGGGGUAGUUGCUUAUGUUAUAAUCCACUCUCAGAUCAGCUGAUGAAGGGUGGGUUACAGAUAUGUUAAAUAAAUAAAUAUGAUCCGUUUAAUUUUUUUACCAUACUUGGGGCCCUUAUCUCUUAGAAAUGGGAUUGCUGGUGGUGAACCAAGAGAGUUGAGCAGAGGGACACUUCCAACCUAUUCCACUUCCCUGCCAGUUUAGUGUUGGAUUGCUCUCCCAGAUGGUUAUUAUGUAUUUUGUACAAAUCCAAGGAAAAACGGGCCCUUCCAGACAUCUUUUUAAAUUGCUCGUGAUGCCACUUUCAAUACACUUUGCCCCAGCAAAGCUUUUGGGACUUCCAAUCAGUGCAUAUCUUGUAACUUCCUACUUAAAUCCCAUAAACUUUAAUACUGUAAAUGUUCUGGUUCUUUUUGCCCUGCUGUUGCUGCACUACAGCCCCUCCAGACAGCAAUAAUGUAGUAGCACUGGAGAAGCACCUCAGAACAAACUAAAGCAAAUAAAUCUACCAGUAAUGUACUAUUAUUGCUUCAAGAUCACGUUGCAGAACACACCCACAAUAAAACACUGGUCUGGGCAAAUGCAACACUCAGCUUUCUCUUUAUAUCAUACAUGGCAAUGUUUUAGGGUUGUUGUUGUAUGACAGAUAACACAGAGUUUACCCAUUCGAUAUAAUUGCAAGAUGAAAGUGCUGCCCAUUAGUGGCCCAUUUGCAAUGCUGUAACAUUGUUAAUUGGGUGUGUGAAAGAGACACACACACACAGAAAGAGAGACAGAGUAUUCCAGCUUUUAUCUCUCUCCCCCCCCCCCCCUUCAGAACGAAGCCUAAAUCUUAUUUUACUGUUACAGCCACAACAUGCUUCUAUGACAAGGGAACUGUCAAAUUCUGGCACAAUGGGAAAGCUUUUAAUUAAACAGAAAAUGGGUUUAGAACAUUUCAGUGACAUGGAACAAUACAUCUGACUCUUCAGUUUGAUACAUUUCCUAAGGAUUAUGGGUUCCCUGUUCUGUAGCACAUGAGUUCCUGAUAUCGUCAACAUUCUUGUUUCCUUAUUGAUCUUCAAGAGAGUCCCUGGUAAGCAAAUGUGUGCAUGCCUGUGUUUUUUCCCUUUGCUAGAAGAAAUAUCUAUGUCACUAGAGGGCAGCCAUCAUCUGUUGGAGAGCGAGACGAGCUCUCAACGGAAGCAGAGGCCUGACUUCAGAUACAGAGGGUGUGAUUCUGGAUCAGUGGACUGUGUCUCAGCUGUACUAAUUUUCAACAGAAGUGAUUAUCAACAUUUCAAGUUUGUGCCUAGGGAUCAUCAAUAUAGCCGGCUUAAAAAAAACCCCGCACAGAGACAGAAUACAGGAAGAAAAACAAAAGCUUUUCUUUUCCAACUGCUACACAGCACUCAAAGUCAACUAUUUGGGCUGCAUGGAUCUCUUUAAGAUUAAAUUAAUGUUGCCUGUCCUCAUCACUUCUCCAAUUCUGCUUGUUUCUUUUUGGUAUGCAAAACAACAACACACUAAUGAUCUUCCUGUAAGACUUUUGCUGCCAAUUUAAUUGAAAUAUACAUGGCAAGUAAGAUCACAAAUGUUAUGCUCUGAUAUGACACUCUCUUUAGCUUUAGAUAUGUCCUUUUUUGUCAUACUGUGGAGCUGGUCAAACUAAUAUGCUGAGUAAGACUACAGCUUUGCAUCACAUAUGGACUGCGAUUUUAUAAAAUGAUGUGAUUCAAUGUGAAAGCUCACUAGCAUGAAAAAAGUGUGCAUAUUGUACUUCUACUACUCUGGAAGUCUUGUAAAAAAACUAUUUAGCUCAGACAUGGAAGUGUUAGCAUAAUCUAUCACUGUGUCUCUUUUCCACAGUAAAAGCUUUAAAACAGAUGAACUGCAGAAUUAUAUCCUGGAAAGGAGAGAGGAGGUUGGACAUAAUAUUUAGCAGCAUAAUAUUUAUGCGAGGAUAUUGACAAAAAACUUAUAGUGUGGUUUGCAGAUUAAACAUAUUUGGGAGCCCAGAAUAUAAUCUGGCACAGAUCCCUUAUUUCCUUUCUAGUUAUGUUCUGCAAUAAUGUUGAGACAGUUGCUGGAUCAUAGACUUGGAUUAUCCGUCCAACAUUGAUUCCAACUUAAUUUAGCUUUUGAACCUGAGACAGAAUUGCCGGGUGACAUGCAUGUGAUCUCAUUUAAAAUUAAACUGUGGCACAUCUGCGAAAGGAAAUAGUUUCAUAAAACACAAAAGAAGGUCCCAAAUAUAUUUGACAUAAUGACAGGUUUAAAAAGCACAGGGUGUGAGAACAGAUAAAAAACAAAGGAACCCGCACAUGUUUAAUGAAAGCUUAUACUUGACAGAUCUAUUUUUUUUUUUAGAACAAUUCUGUACUUUUCUGUACCAUUUGACAGGAUGAUAAUGCUGCUUUGCUAUCACAACAAGAUAUUAUCUCCAUUUCAGGCACAUAGUAGGCAUGUGCCCAUGUGGGACAUACUGUAACUUCUAAAUCCAUCCGUCAUUCCACAUAGACCCUCUCAGGUGUUAAGGUCACCAGAAGGGGGGGCGCUCAGAAGUUUGGGGGUAGGCAGCCGGGGAGAGGGCCUUCUUUGCAGUAGCCCUAAGUCAUGGAAUUCAUUCUCCACACAGGGGCAUCUGGCACCAACAUUGUGUAGUUCAUGCUGUAUGUUGAAGACAUAUCUCUUUAUCCUGGCCUUUGACAACUUUUUUUUACAACCCACCAUAUUCUUUAACUGGCAUUUCUUUUAAAAUGUUUUUAAUAUUGUAAUUUUUUUCAUUGCUGUUAUCUGCCUUGAGACCUUAUGGUGAGGGGUGGGUAAGAAAUGAUGGUGAUGAUGAUGAUAACAAUAAUAAUAAUAAUGCCUAGGUUUGGCUCCCUGGUCUAAGUAAUUCAACUGCCACAGAAAGUUCUAGAUAGACUCCUGUUCCAGCACCUGACCAUCAGCCCAGCUCAGCUAAUAUCCACCAGAAUUAUUGUAGUUGGCUGGGUAUAGGGGGGUUUCUUUCCCACAGCUGAAUACCCAAUAUAAAUAUCACUUCUUAUUUCCACUAACAAACUAGAAAACCAAAUGAAUAUCAUUAAGUAGCCUGGAUUAGAAAGCUGAGAUUUGUCUAAAACAAAGCCUCAUCAACUGCCUCCUCUUGUUUUUAUUAAGACAAAAUGUCCAAUGCUGUGUGCUGGAAUACAGCACUGCUAUUCUUGGAUGAGGAACCAGAGCUGAGAUGUCCAAAUAUCUUGAGGCAAUAGACAUGUCAGAUUUGUAUACAUUUGUCCAGUGACAUGUUUUCAGGACUGAUUUCUGUACUUAAGAAUUUGGGGGGGGAGUGAAAGAAGCUGGUGGUGGUUUUAUUUCUUCUCUGUGGCACAACAGUUGAACUUUUCUAUUCAAUUGGUAUACAGUGUAUGCUCAAAUGAUUCACACUCCAAAGGGAACUGUAUGGACAAGAUGCUGGAGCCCCUUGACACUUUCUGAUGGCAUCCACCUUCAGCGAUAACAGGGGAUACCUGACAGGAAUUAACCUGAGCCUCUCUGAACUCAGGGAUUGCCUAUAGUUUUCCUGUGAGAAACAAGUUUUCAUGUGGGGAUUUAACGAAAAGGAAAAGAGAGGCAAACUGUGGUCCAACAGGAAUUAUGUGAGCACCCUGGACACUCUGUAUAACCUUUCAUCCUAUCCCCCCCUAGACUGAUAGCAAACGGCUAUUCUUUUGUAAUCCACAUCUCUCUUGGCUCCCACACUCCUUUUGUAAUAGUUCUUCUGCAGAUAAAAGUUAUGAUGUGAGUUCUCCCUAAUAUAUUCAUCUACAGACACGUAGCGGGAAAUGUGAACCUUUCACAGAAGCCAAAAAUACAUGUAAUAAUGUACAGUAAGCAUCAUUGUCACAAGUCCAAGAAUCGAUUCAUCAACAAACCAUAGUGAGAACAAGUUCCAGUUUCUAGUUCUAUGGCCUGUUCAGCAAUCCUUUGCUGAAGCUAAUUUUUUACUGCUGUGUCACACUGUUGGCUCAUGUUAAGCUUGUGGUCCACUAAGACCCCUAGAUUCUUUUCACAUGUACUACUGGCAAACCAGGUGUGACCCAUCUUAUAUUUGUGCAGCUGGCUAUUCUUUCCCAGGUGCAAAACCUGACAUUUGUCCAACGGAAAUGCAUUCUGUUAGUUUUGGCCCAGUUCUCCAAUCGGUUAAGGUCAUACUGAAUCCCAAUUCUGUCUUCUGUUUGUCAUCCUUGUUUGCUAAGACAAAACAAAGAGAAACAUGGCAAUCAGUUGAAACCAAAUAGUGUAGUGUCACCUAGUACUUUGUUGAUCCAUUAGAAAUUUUUUUUGAAGUCCAUAGUUUUGUAAUACCUUUGCUAGAACCAACAAAAAAGUUCCCAAAAUGUCUUUGUUCAUAGCAAUAUGGACUAAGAUAUCCACUUAAAAGGAGAUGAAUACCUAUUUAUUCCUGAACCUAAAGAGUUAAGCAAGCUACUGUGGGCAGUGGCAAAUAAUGGUUUAAAGUGCAUUAUUUUGUGGGGGAGUAAUAAUAAUGAUAAAUUCAAAUAAUGAAACUUCUUCCCAAAAUUGUGUUUCAGGACCUAGUCAACGAACACCUGAUAAAGACUUUGCUAGUGAUGGAAGGAGUAUUUACAUCCUAGAAUGUAAACUAGUCUAUUAACCUCUAAAAAACACACCCUGAUGGCGAUCCAGGAAAAUACAGAAAUAACUAACAGAAAGUUAAGAGAAGUAAGCAAAAAAAAGCCACUUCCCACCAUAAAAAAGCUAGAAGUACUUCUAAUCAUUCGAUGAUUGAUUUUACUGACAGAAAUGUAAAGGAAAAUAUACUAUGUUCUUUUCCUCUUGUGUUAAGGAACUAAGCUCCCACACAUCUCCAAUUUAACAAUAAUCAAAACAUUUCCUUCUUCUGAAAUUUAAAAUAGCAAGGUGGCCUGGGGAAUUAGGCCAGAUCUUCAAAUCAAUUGUUUCUUACCCAGGAAAAUCGUACUGACCUUGUUAAAAGAUGUGGCAGACAGACAAAAGACUUCGCUAACAUUUCACUGCUGUGAUAGAAAUCCUGGGUGUUAUCCAGCCCAAAGUUAAGCACUUUUGAGCCCCAUUCAUUUCAUCAAUGGGGAAAUUAGCACAUGCUUAAAUCUCGCCUACCAUAAUCAGUACUACUGAAAUUGUUUCUUAGUUGCACACUAUUCAAUGCAGCAAAAUUGAGAUGACCGUUAAACUGUCUUUCUGUCGCCUUCAUUUCGAUUCCCUAUUGCAAGAGUGUCCAUUUUGAUAUUUUAAAUUUGUAAAGGUUGCUUUGGCUAAUGCUCUCACUCUCUGAUGAUAUCAACUUGAAGAAUGGUGGUACGGGGGCAGGGAGCUUUGAGGAGCACAAUACAACUGGGAGAGAUUUCAUUUGAAACAUCCAGACAGACCAGGAAAUACCUAAAUGUACACUGCAAUAAAAGAUUGUGAGGGUGUAUGCCACUUCUAUUAGCAUUUACAGUGUAUUUAAUCCUGCCCUCAAUUUUCUCGAUUCAAAUAAUCUAGAAGGAGGGGAAGUAGUGUAUUGCACUGUGUUUCCAUGAGGUCAUUUUCAGUACACAUUUGCCCUGGGAGGGGUUGCAGUAGGAGGAAGCUGACAGGGUCCUUGAGAAAGCCCCUACUUCCUGACCUUUAACCCUUGGGGGGGUGGGCUUCUUUCCAAAUACUUUUAAACAUGAAACAUGUUUUCCCUAACCAUUAAACUAGCAUCACAUAUUGAUCAUGAUGACAUCAUGGUACCAUGUAGCCAAACUGAUUUGUCUGGGUGUUCGAAGAGCAAAAGGAAAUUCAUUAUUGUGAAUGUUGCACUGUUCAUUAAGGCCUUCGCCAUGAACAGGCUCUAGUUGGCAUGCUUAGCUGAAGAGAAAGGAGAUCUGCAUUCUCAGCCACAAACUGCCCCACGUGAACUGCAUGUGAAUGGAUCCAGAAGUGGAAAUGUUCUUCUGGAAUCCUUGGGCAAUGGCCACACAUCUCCUCUUCUGCCAACAUUCACCCUUCACAAUCCAACACACUUUUACAAAGGGAUACAACAAAUCUACAUUUGGUGUAGGGCAUUCCACCCACUGCAAAAUGUGCCUCUCCAUUUCUGCUCAAUGCAUGUGAUAAAGGAAUUCUUGUUAUGUUCUGAAUCUCCAUGGCAUUUUAUUCUGGUUUCUAACAACAACAACAAAAUUCUCAUGAAGCUGUUGUGAAAGUGAAAAACCAACUUUCAAACACAAUCUACCACUGAACUAUAUCAGUGUGGAUCGUUUCAUUACAACAUUCCAGUGGGCUCUGAGUCAAUUUUUAACGUUUCCUCUCAACCAAUAAACUAACUGGAACAAAACGUAGCUCUCUGAUGCUCAUCUGGUGUUCUCAAAGCCAUGCAGUCAGCUUCCAAAAAUUUGAACUGUACUUUCUGAUAAAAAUCAGAAGCUCAGUAAAAUGCAUUUCUAACACACUCAACAAACAUUUGUUUAGUUAUAGAUAAGAGACAUGAUACAUAAAAACAAAUAUAAGUUAAUAUUUUAAAUACAUGGGUGGAUUUGAGCUUGAAAUAUCUUCAUAAUAUGUGCACAUGUGGGGGAGGGAUAGGUUUGUAUAGGCUUACUAAGAGCAACUUGUGUCAAUGCAACUUGGUAUAUACUGACCUAUUUCCCUUUCUGAAUACACUUAAUGAAGUUACCAGCAGCCAUACCUUUCCUCGGCCAUGGAGUUUAAAAAGAAUACAUUAGCAACAGCUACAGCACCUGUGGUAAAUAAGCACUGAUUCACUGUGAAACUCCCGUGUGCGAUACUAAUUUCCCUUUAAAAUGCUUAUAUAUUAUCUCAUAUGUAGACUCUAGUUUUUUUGCCAUUUCUGUUACAGAAGAAGGGCAUUAGUUCAAGCCCUUUUGUCAAAUUACACACAUGCACAUGCACACACAAUUUCCUCCUACACUGAUGUAAUUUGAUGUUGGCACUUAUCCUUAAGCAGGCAGAAGGGUGUUGCUGUUGCAAAUACAGUAGAAAUAUAUAAAAUAGAAAACAAAGAUCACAUGAGAACAAAUGCAUCAAUGCAGAAGUUGACUGCAAAAGAAUCAUGGUUGUGCACAACUUCGGGAAAAGGAAGCCUUCAUUUUUUAUUAAGUGGACCUCACUGCUGAAAAUAAGCCAUUACUUAAGAUGAAAGAAUGGUUGGCAGGCAAAUACUGGAAGUACUUUCAGAGAACCAACUACUUUUAAGACCAGAGUGGCUGGUGUGGUGGCCUAAUGCCAUGUAGUCACCCUUCUAACAUCAGCAUCACUUAUGCUUAUUGGGCAGAGCAAGGGACAAGGCAGAUCAGAACAGGAUGGGCAUGCCAUUGAGGAAAGCAACAGCAACACCAGCAUUGGGAGGGUGUUUCAGAAGAGUUUCCCAACCAUGCUAGCCACUCCAGCUCUCAAGAAUGGGUAAAUCCAGUGCUGGCUCCCUCAGCCUGAAAGCAGAGAUGAACGUUGCACCCCAUAGUCGAAUUUGACUGGACUUAACCAUCCAGGGGUCCUUUACCUUUACCUUAUGUAUAUACACACACACAUUCUUAUCCCUCAUCAUAUGUGAUCUCAGGGUAGGUCACAACAAAUAAAUAAAUGCAGCUUCAAAACCAAAGUCCAUGAAAAACUAUUACGAUUCUUCAGUCUGUGCAUAAUAUUAUACAAGGCUUGAUAACAGAAAGUAGCCUUCAGUUUGCCCUGAAGAACAAAUAGAGAAGCAGUUAACCAAAGCUCAAAGAGGAGAAUCUUUCAUAGCCAGGGUGCUACUGCUGAGAAGGCCCUCUAGUGAGUCCUUGAUUUUUUAACCUCAGAGUUAACAACAACACCUCUUUUUUAUGUGGGUACCUACUGCAAAGAGCCAAAACUGUACAGAACUAUACCAAUUUUCAUCCUCACUCAGGGCACCAUAUUACCAAAGUCCACCCCUGCCAAGAGGUGGGGAUAAGGGCAUUUUAUACAGGAAUUCAUCAAGGUGAAAUUCCUCAGACAUACCCAGUUAAUUUCACUUGUUUCAUGCAGGUAUGAGCUUUGUAAAAUGAACAUUUCUUUACUACUCUAUACUUAAAUGGCUCCUUUUUAUCAUGCAGAUUACUCUGUUCUUUGCUGAGUGUUUGGGUGGCAAUCUUAGAGCAGCUGUGGACUUAAAGAGACAUUCUGGGUCCAUAACUGAUUGACAAGAUCAAUAAUUUUAAGAUCAAAUUCUAGCAGCACUCUGUUUUUGCUUUAAUCAGUAUCUUUUUGGUUCAUACCCCUGCCUACAGCUAGAUCCUGUUUUCCACAUGUUGACACAGCUUCCUGCUGUGUGCUGUCGAAAGAAUGAGAAGGCAAGAUGGAGAAUCAAUUUGAGGGUGUGGGGAAGCUUUCAUUGACAAAGCUUUACUGUAGAUCAAUGGAAUCUGCCUAGUUAAUAUCUGUAGUAGAGAUUUUUCUGAUCAUAUGCUUUGAAGUAAUCAGGUCAGAUAUAUUCCCCCUCUCCCAAUCAUUCAUUCAGUGAUCUUUAUGAUCAACCCCCGUUUCUUUGCAUACAGACACACACACACACAAAAACCUCAUUACAUCAUCACUUUAAUAUAUAUUUUUCUUCAUCAUGAAAUACAGGGCACCACUUACAAUGCUUUGAUAUACAGGGAAUCUCUAACAGGUUUGAAAUACUGCAGCAUUAAUUAGAAGAUUUUGUCCUCUAGCAAAGUAGACCAAUCAAAUCCUAUUUAUCCACUGAAAAGCCUAAUCACUGUUAUACUUCCCAACUCAGUACUUGGGUGAUAUAUUUGUUUGAUUCGUAUUGUGCCUCUAUCACUUAUUUGUUUGAACAGGUUCCACUACAACCAUGGAAUGUACACAGGCAGCUGCAAAGUACAUGUAUUUGUUUUACAGCUUUAUUCAGAUAUCUGAUAUUAAUUUAAUUGGGUUUCACUACAUUUGCAUUCCUGCAGUAAUUAGUUGUUGAAAACUCUUAAUAGCAUCAAGUAAAAAUGUCGCUGAUUGCUUUUCUUAAACACACACAAACGUGUGCAUGCACAUGUAUAUAGCUUAAUAUUUAUAAUAAAAGGGAUCUCCUAAUAGUGAUUCUAGUAACUGAUCACAUGGGGUGGUGAAGAAUGCAGUGCAUGUUCCUCAACAUGAAAUGUGCAAGUAAAUAAUUUAGAAACUGAUCUUAGCCCUGCAGCUAGCUGAGAAGAGAAAAUGAAUAAUCUAAUCCACAUUCCCAACUGAACUUUGACCUAGUAGUACUGCGGGCUUCAAUGCCUCAGCUUUGAAAACUCCUUUAACUGCUUAGACAUAAUUUCUACAUUAAAAUGCUGCCUUUUGAUUUUAUCUUUUCUGAUGUAUGGGGGCUCCAAGUGUAAUGGCUUAAAAAGUCCUAUUGGGGAAACAAAAUAAUGAAAAACAGCUUUUGCUUGGUACCAACCUGACUUACUAAAAUUGGUUCAGUCAUCUGGCCUUUUUUUGGCAUUCUUGUGACGCCAAGUACCACUGAGGUAGGUGUUGCUUGCCCUCAUGGUGUAACUUACAGCCUCAGCUUCUAUAAGACCACUUCUGAGUCAUUUCCUUCAAGCAAAAUAACUACUGAAGUCUACGGAGGGGUUACUUUUCAUUAAGCAUUGAGUUUUACUUGGCUAUGUUACACUUCAGAGUUACGUUGCUGGCAGAGAUGGAUUGCGGGUGGCCAUGACUGGUUCAGUCACACUGGGCAUGGAGCCUCGGAAGCACCACAGGGUUACUUCUUGCGGAUCUUCGAAAAUCUGCUUGUGGGAGCAGCAUCAAGUCCUUAAUAAAUUGUUCCAUGGUAGCACCCUAUAUCACACAUUUCAUGGAGCCUAUAGUUAGAUCUACAGAUGGCUUCCCUCAAGGAAUCCUGGGCACUGCCGUUUACCCUGCACAGCACUACAAUUCCCCAAACCCUUAAAAAACUACAGAUCCCAGGAUUCUUGGGGAGAAGUCACAUGCCUUAAAUAUAUGGUGUUGAUGCAACCGCAGAUUAGAGAUCCAUGUAUUUAACUCUAUUUCUUGUAAUAUUUCUCCACUGUGAUUUUUCCUUUCUUGUGUCAUUUAGUGGGAACUAUCAAAUCUUACCAUGGGGCUUACAGUCACGAAUAAAGGCCUCCUGCACAGUACUCAAUUAAGUCUGGGAUGUUAGUCAUAUAAAAUUCUCAGCUAUUAUGAGCUUGAUCCAAAGCCCCUGAGCAUCAGUAGAAAAUUCUUGACUAUGCAGAGACCGGAUUAUGCUAUAUUAGAAGCAACAGUAAAAUACAAACUAUUCUGAGAGAACAUGCAUUAAACCAGCCCUUUGGGCCUGACCCCCACUUGUGAAGAGGAGUUAAGUAGCACUUUCCUCCUAGACUCAACCAGCUUACAUUACUGAAGUAAGAAAACAAGACAAAAAACUUUUGAUAAUAGUCUAAUUGGCAUAAAGUUGUCUCAGCUCAUCUAAGGUCAUGCCUGCUCUGACAAAUGGAUCCAAGCAACUUCUAACCCUGCAGAGCAGGACAGGCUAAAAGUACCAUUUGCUACUUACUCCAUCCCCUCCAAUGCGAUGUGGCUCCAAACCGGGACACCAUCUUCCGGGUCUGUACUCCCAUACAAGGCAUGUGAGAUUGUGGACCAGGAAAAAUACCUUUUUCUUUCUUUCUUUCUUUUGGCACAGCACCCAAAAACACACAUUUUGGGACAACAUGCAAGAUCAUGGACCUAAAAAAAGUGCUUUUUCAGGGUGAGAUCUCAGCUCAAAAUCGCGUGAGAGCCCAAUGCCCCCAUUGGCCACUGUGCUCUUGCGGGGUAAAAUGGGAUGCUCCAGUUUUUUGGGGCGGGUACACCUGCCACCAUCUCUACUUUUAACCCAUUGUCUGAAUGCAAAGGCAAUUCAAUCUUACAGUUUAUGAGUGUUAUUUGACUUUAUUCAAAGUAGACCUAGGGAAAUUAAUGAACAUUAGUAAGUUAGGUCGAUUAAUUUAUCCGUCUACUCUAAGUAAAACUUAAUUGAAUGCCAAACUAGGCUUCUAGAGAAUGAUGGAGCCUUUUUACAGGGGCAGUCAAUAGCCUAAAUGCUGCAGAGCUGGCUGUCCAAGGGAAACCCAAGUUGCUCUUUUCACUGCUCUUUAGUGUUCAAAGAGCAGUUGCCCCCUGGGGAAAACAGCAAAGCAAGAGGAAGUGUGGAUAAGUCCUGAAUUGUGAAAACACCAUCAGUUUCAAAGUUUUUCUAAUGAUGAGGUCUAGGAAGUUAUUUUCUUCUAGAAAAUAAACCAGUUUUUCCUGCUUUCACCUUCGGCUAUAAAAUUGGUGCUAAAUAUUGUACACUAGAGUGGCUGGUGAAACCCAGCCAGAUGCGCGGGUUAUAAAUAAUAAUAUAUUAUUAUUAUUAUUAUUAUUAUUAUUAUCACUAUCAUCAUCACCAUCAUCACCAUCAUCAUUAGACUAUUAGGUAGCAGAGACUGGGUCGCAAGGAGGUUAUAAGUAUGUCCAUUCUAAUGAAAGUGCACUGAAGUGAUGCAAUUGAUCCAUUUUUCUGAGAUAAAGCUGUCAGUCUCUGUUGAAGGAUUAUAUUCAAACUAUUACAGAAGACCUAGCAAAGUUCACUAUGGUGUGGGUUAAAAUGUGAAUCAGAAACACAGAUAUUCAAACUCAUACUUGUUCAGCUGUUGUCUCAAAAACUAGAAGUUCUUUGUGAGUGUUAUAGGUUAAAAAAAUUACUGCCCCUUGUGUAAACCACAGACAGCAAUGCCAAGACUUAGAUGUUUUUGAGUGACAGUUACCCUGUAACUGUAGAAUUGUGUAACUUUGAUUGAAAGCUGCAACACAUGGGAUUUAAAUGUACUUGGAGAAGGGUUAAGAAGCAGACACAGGAACAGCUUGACACAGUUUGGAGAUAGAAGCUGGUAGCUGAAACUUGAAGGCAAAAUUGUCUGUCUGGGUGGGAGGCUAAAACAACUCUGAAUACUCCAGUUUUGCUCUCCCCACUUUCCAUUAUUGUUUGAGACACCCCUGUCUUGUCAAUAAGGUGGGGAAAACAGCAUUAUUCUAUGCAUGUACAUCUCCUUCCUGUCUCCCUCAUUCUCUUUUAACAAACCUGUUCAGAUGUCUUGCUUCCUUUCAAGCUGACAAUAUUCUCUUAACUCAAGCUAUCCUGAGUGUAGAAGGGGAUAGUGAACUCCCAUCUUGCACCUUGAGAAUGCAGCCAUUGCUUUGCUUUUAUUAUUUUAUUGCUUUUUUUAAAAAAAGGAAAAUGCACAUUUUCUUCCUUGUUUAUGAGUCAACAUGCCCCCGUAAGCUCAGGCAUGUUUUCACACAACUGUUGAUUUCUAAAUAUCAAGAUGCAGAUUUUCUUUUGUCCUAUGCAUAAUGUAUGAGACUUGCUCAGAAGGUGACCUUCAGAGAGCUCAGCUACUGGAUACCAAGAGAGAGAGAGAGCCCUUUAUUUAUUUAUUUCCCACCCAAAAAGGGCAAUGUUAGAAAAGAAACCUCAGGGGGGGGAAAACUGCACUUGAGUUACUUCCUGCCCGAGACGAAUUCACACACUUCUUCAGUACAGCCGAUUUGCAAAUUGUAUCUCUAUUAUUGAUAACUUUUAAAGCUAAGAAGAAGAAGAAGAGGAGGAGGAGGAGGAGGAGGAGGAGUUUGGACGUGAUACCCCGCCUUUCACUCCCCUUAAGGUGUCUCAAAGCGGCUAACAAUCUCCUUUCCCUUCCUCCCCCACAACAAACACUCUGUGAGGUGAGUGAGGCUGAGAGACUUCAAAGAAGUGUGACUAGCCCAAGGUCACCCAGCAGCUGCAUGUGGAGGAGCGGGGAAGGGAACCCAGUUCACCAGAUUACGAGUCCACUGCUCUUAACCACUACACCACACUGGCUCAGAUGGUUUUACAAUAGGGCUGGACAAAUUCAUGGAGGAAAAGGCUGUCCGUGGCUGUUAGCCAUGAUGGCCUAGCUCUGCCUCCAUGGUUGCAGGAAGUAAUUAUUCUGAAUGCCAGUUGCUGGAAACCGCAGGAGGGGAGGGUGUUCUUGUGCUUGGGUCUCACUAAAACCAUCUGGGUGGCCACUGUGAGAACAAGGUGUUGGACUAGAAGGGCCAUUGUCCUGACCCAGCAGGUGCCAGUGGCGUAGUGUGGAGGGGCCACAGGGAAUUUUAGUUGGGCAACAUCUUGAGGGCCACAGGUUCCCCCCUCCUGUGGUGUGGGCCAUUUGGGAGAAGAGCCUGUAGGCAGAAAAGAUGUCUGAUUUCCCCUCCCAGCUACGGGGCCUGAACUAUCAGAUAGAAAGUAUCUGGAGCCACGUGGAAAUGCAGGUGAUGACCCUGAGGAGGCCUCAGGCCUAACUCUACAGCAGUGUUUCCCAAACUUUGCUCUCUAGCUGUUGUUGGACUACAGCUCCCAUUAUUCCUAUCUAGGAGGAUCAGUGGUCAGAGAUGAUGGGAAUCGUAGUCCAAAAACAGCUGGAGGCCCAAGUUUGGAAAACACUCUUUAGGAAAGGAAGGGACUAGCAAUGCAGGAGCUGGUUAAAGUCCCAGACUACCAAAACAAAAAUACAGCUCCUGAAAGGAACUGAAGAAUCCAGCUACAGUGGUACCUCAGGUUAAGAACUUAAUUUGUUCUGGAGGUCCGUUCUUAACCUGAAACUGUUCUUAACCUGAGGUACCACUUUAGCUAAUGGGGCCUCCUGCUGCCGCCACACCACUGAUGCACGAUUUCUGUUCUCAUCCUGAAGCAAAGUUCUUAACCUGAGGUACUAUUUCUGGGUUAGCGAAGUCUGUAACCUGAAGCGUCUGUAACCUGAAGCGUCUGUAACCUGAAGCGUCUGUAACCCGAGGUACCACUGUAUUAAUAAAACAAAGUAUGCCUCCAUUUUGCACACCUAACAGAAGCCCAGUGUGGGAGGCCAUUAGCUGAGAGUGAAGAAGGAAUCCCGAUGCCUGUUGUAGCAAUUGUAAUGUCUUGUGCUAGAUGCUGCAUGCUUUUUAAUUAUUUCUUUUAUUUCUUAUAUUGCAUUUUAUUGUAUCACAGUUUGAAUUCCAUAGAACCACCUGCAUGCAACUCAUAGAGUACUGGUGCUGCAUCGAGUACAGUUUGAGAACCACUGCUCCAAAAUAUUCCUUUAAAAUACCAAUAAAAAAACAAGCAUUAAAGGCAAGCUUCAUUUUUAAAAAAUCAAUAUAUAAAGUAAAAUCCUUGGGUUGAAUUCAGUGUUGUGCUCUGCUGUACAACCAUUCUAGCAUUUCAGGCAGAACAAUACUCCUGUCCUCUUCUGUGCAAUAUUCAGGGCGGGGGGAGGUUCUCCUGAGCCUCAGAGCUAGUUUCAGGAGGGGCAGGGGCAGGAGAGGCUGGAAUGCCCCAUUGUAGACGCACAAAGUUUCAGCUGACAGGCUAGUUAAGUGAAUCCCAUGUGUAAUGUUGUAGUCAAUCAGGUCCUACCCAGAGUAGACCAAUUGAAAUUAAUGAACCUAAGCUAGUCAUGUCCAUUAACUUCAGAGGGUCUGCACUGAGUAAGAGGAGCACUGGAUACUACUCAGUAAUCUUAGAACCAUGUAUACCUCAGUCACAUGCCUGGGUUGGUUUGCUAGAACAACAAAAACAUUUUUAAAACACAUACUGAAAACAAUAUAGUGAAGUUGUUGGCCUCCUUGUAGCUCCAACCCAAUUCUCGAAAGGUACAGGGUCACAUCACAUGGAAGCCAUUGCUGCUGUAGCUGUCUAAAAUAGUUCUUGUAGGAACUGGAGGAACAUGUCUGAAUCUUGAUGGUGGGCAACUGCUGGCACUUCAAACCAGGCACUCUGUUGUUACCAUUAACAAGUUUGACUUAUCCUGGAAAUUUCCAAUUGGGGAAGUUGAGAGCGUCUCUUGCUGUGAAAAUCCCAUGAAGAACAACCUUGCUGCUCCCCCACCCUGUGCUUUCAAUUGUGUUUUGCAGUGUCAAACAUUGAAGGUUGUCAUGUGGGACAUGCUUUUAGCAGAGGCUUUAGUUCAAUUUGCUUGUCAUUAUUGAAAGGCCUGACCCUACCACUGAGGCAUAUUCAAUUUGUCUUCCUAUCUUAGGAGAGAGGGCUUUUUGUUUUUGUUUUGCUUUUCGCAAAACUUUCAUGUAAAACAGUUUGCAAGGUAUAAAUCUGUUGCUGCUGCUUUAGCUAUCUGCUGGAGGAUGUACACAUUAAGAUAAAUGGAUUGUCAUCAUUCUAGAACUGUUUAGUUUCACAUUUAGAAGACCAUCUGUUCUCUGAUGGAUGUCCUUGCAUAUAUUGGUAAGAAAGCUGUAUUGGGGUUUUAAAGCAUUUUAAUAAAUGCCAUACCUAAUUACAAAAUAAAGAGAGUGGAAAAAUAACUUGCAGGAACUUUUUUUUUUAAAAGCAAACAGAAUCUGAUGGAUAGAUAUAAAUAUCUGGUGGAAAAAUGUAUUUCACAAUGGUUACACAUUUUGGACAACUGUUAUUCCACUCGAAUAUAGCAUUAUAUUUUGCACCCUGAUGGGCACAGAAAGAGGCAGACACAUAAGCUGGGGUUGAACUGGGCCACCUUUAUUUAGGUCUUAAAUUCAUCAGUAGAAGGGGAUGACUAUGGGAUGAGAACUAACUAAACUGUAUAACUAUAGCCAUUGGGUGACUUGCCCUUGCCUAAGGAAUUGGGGCACGGCUCCUAACUGGGAAAAAAUUCUUACAUGGCCCCCUAAUAGCAACCCUGAAGCACAGUGGGAGACAAGGAGGGAGGAUGGGUGCUGCUGCAAAUGUAGAGGCUGGAGGGAAGACAGAAGUCCUGCCCCCCCCCCUUUUGACCACCUUAGAAAUGCACCAAUUGGUGCCAAGCAUUUUCCCACUCUGCCUCUCUUGGCCAACGGCCCGAAAAGGCACCCAGCCUUUUAGGUAACAUUUAGGCCUUUUGUAUAAGACAUAUUCAGGCAUGUUGCUGCUUUUGCAUUUCUACCAUGGAUACUGGGGGCAUUAGAGUAUCUUUUUUUCUCACAGGAAUGUGCCCUGGAUAUAGAUGAUGGUGUAAAUGUGUGUGGAAAGCUCUGGGAUGUAGUCUACUGUGCCAGUGCUAUUUUUUCUAGGAAAAAAAGAGGUGCCGGAACUCACCAUUAAGACCUCCCUCAUUCUCAUAGAAUGGCAAUGAUGCCCACCUGAGAGGUGCCAGAACGAGUUCCUGCGAGUUCUGGCUGGAAAAAAAAAUCCCUGUACUGUACAAAGGUAAUUAUCACAUCUAAGGUUCCAUCUGCUUUUGCCUUUUCUCCCUAACACCACUGACAUGCAACCCUCAGAGGUUUCUCCAUGAGGGAAUGUGGCUGACAAGAGGUUCCCCAACUCUAUAUAACAGUCUCUGUGAGAGAUUUCUAAUUGCUAGUGUACAAAUGCAAAUGCUGGUGACUCAAAAGAUUUGCUGUAAAGCUGAGGCAAAAACCAGGAUUCUCAAAUUCUUCUCCAUGUCUGAUAGAGAAGAAUCACUCUGCCAGAGAAGAGCUCUUCCCACGCUGCCACCAACCCAGCCACCUGCCUGGAAGAAGCAAGGGCAGCAGAACUGCCCUGAGAUCUUUGGGUGAAGGGUGGUAUAUAAAUUUAAUAAAUAAAAUAAAUAGAAGGAAAGAAUGUGGGAUCUAUCUUUUCAUCUCUCUUUAUAUACCAUUUCCCUGACACUUGGCCUGAUGGAGAAUACAGUUUCCUCAGAAGGCCUGAGAACGAACCUUCUUUACGAGAAAGGUUUACAACAUUUGCAGCUUUUUUUUAAUUGAAAGAAAAGAUGCCUCAGGGAAAGGAGUGGAAUGCAAGUGGCUUAUAAAAUUACUCAUGUGGAGAAAGUGGCCAUUUCCCCCCCUUCUCUGUCAUUGCUGGGCCAUGCACAGCUGACUGAGGUUAGGAAGCGAUCAGGACAGAAGCAUCAGUCACAACUGAAGUACAAAGUAGGUGCCAGAACUGAGAAGCAAGAUGGAAGGGAGGACAAACCAGGAUGCAAGCUGGACUUUGGGACCGAAGACAACCAGAGGAUAAAAGGACAAGCUAGAGCUCAGAAUGACAUGGCUGAUAGAGCAAGUGUAACUGGGAAUAUAUUUUUGUUUAGAAAUUGCUGAAACACAUUUGGGAGGGCAAUAGAUUUGCAUCUCUUGUUGACAAAUACUCUGUUCUUUACUGCUUUUCAUUGCAGUUGCCAGAAGCUAAUCUGGUCCAAUCACUGGUAUGCACCCUGUUGUUUUAAAAGGGCUCCCUGAUAUGGUAAAUUCUUAGCAAUUAUUCAAAAUAUAUUUAACAUCUGGCACAUAUGCUCAGGGAUGAACUACAUUUGUAUGGUUAUCAAUCAUGAUAAUAUAGAGUUUACUGUAUCAUUUCACAUUGCUCAGGUGGAGCAUCUUUUACAUUUGCUUCUCGGGAUAACAAGAAGUCUAUAUUGCCUUGGAUACUGAAGUUAACCUGGUAUGUGCAAAGUACAGAUGUAGAUUCUACUAGUGGGGCCUAUAUUGUUGGGAAAGGCCAGUGGCAGAGGGCCUGUGUGGCUGGCUUAAGGUCUUAAAUUUAAUUCCUGGUAGAGCUAUUUUAAACAUGGAUGAGUAAUAGGACUGAAAAGUACCCUGAGAUUCUAGACAUGGUAAACAGUUUUGUAUUAAAUUGCCCUUGAUCAAAGGCCUAUAUCCUGCAAUGUGCCUCAGUAUCAGAACUACCUAGGAGACCACCACAAGGCCUCUGAAGAUGGUACAGAAACUUCAGCUGUGCAGAAUUCAGCACCCAAGUUGCUCACCAGGGCAAGAUGGUUUGAGAAUAUUACACUGAUCCUGGCCCAACUGCACUGGCUGCCAAUUACUUUCCAGGUCUGAUUCAAAGGGCCUACAUACCUUAAAUGACUCAGGACCACACUGCAUCAAGGACUGCCUCUUCCGAUAUAAAUUGACCCAGACACAGUUGAGACUUCUCCCUCAAGAGGUCCUGAGGAUGGCAACAUGAGAACAGGCCUUGCAGCAGUGUCUCCCCACUUAUGGAAUGCUGUGCCCAGAGAGUCUCGCUUCUCCCCUUCAUUACUUAUCUUUAGGCACCAGGCGAAAAUGUUCCUCUUUAACCAGGUCUUUGGCUGAACAACAUUCUAUGUGUUUGUGGGAGGGGGAGUUAUUAGUUUGCUUUUUUGUUGUUGUUCUCAUUGUGUAUUUUAUAUUGUCAACCAUCCUAUGAUAUUCGGAUGAAAUAAAAUUUAGCAACUCCUUUUUGGGGAUCUUCCUACCACAUUGGGCAGGAAAGGACAGAGCUCAGAAGUAGAGCUUCUGCUUUACAUGUAAAACUCUAUCUGAAAUUCUGCAGAACCACUCUCAGUCAGGGGAGACGAUUCUGAACUAGACCAACCAAUGGGCUGACUCUCAUUUUCCUACGUCAAGUUCUUUUCCCCAUUAUAUCUAGCUAUGGAAUCCUAAUGGUGUGCCAUGUUUCUUUAGUAAAGUUCUGACCUCUUCUAAUCCCAAUUAACCCAUCUCUUUCUUACCCUUGUAUCUGCAACACUCCCACCUUGCUUGUAAGGAAGGGAGACUUUACUGUUCUCAUAAAGAAAAAGAAAACGGCCUCACUUCAAAGAAAGAACAAGUGGAGUAACAGGAUAUAUCCAGAAGGGAGUAAAUCUCUUGGGUAAAGCUAGAAGCGCAGGCAUCUGAAAUUCGUCCCAGGCAAAAUUCCAAGGAAGCCCCAACCUUUCUCUUAGUUCAGAAAUAAUGCCCCAUGAUUUCAAUAACUGCAUGCAGGCAUUGUAGCCUUAGUUUUGCACAUUAAUUUCACACAAGAAUGGAUUUAUCAUAUGCGCUGACAACACCGGAUUCCAAUGGUCUCUCCCCCCCCCCAUACUUUGCCAUACAGGCAAAUAUCCAAGGAGUCAUUUCUGGUGAUAGGUAUACAAACAGCAUGCUGCUGAAAAGCAAAUCUGCAACAAUUGAGUUACAACUGCACAUUACUGCACAGUCAGAUUAUUGUUUGGAAAGGCUCUUAUUACAAGCUUAAUUUGGAUCAAGGUGUAGCUCUUGACACUUUCUUGGACGGCACCUCUCUAAUAUUUUAUCCGAAUAUGUGGGAAUUGGAUUUGGAUAUUACAUUUAAUCAAUGGAAAAUCCUCCGGUUCGGUGCAGAGCUUAAGCGUAUUGCUAGGAGAAGUGAAACGUUGAAAAACAAAGAACGGCAAAAUUGAGCAAUUCCUGUAGUCAAAUUGGUAGGCUUAUUUCUGUGCUAUGACAUGAGGCAAUAAUGGGUGGCAGCUACUUAAAGGAAAUGCAUACAAGCUUCCUGCAGUGGGCUAUGCUCAGCUGAGUGCCUAAAGAGAAUGAAGAGGGAGAGAAAAGGUUUAUCCUAUGCAAAAUCUUUAUUUAUUUAGGUAUGACUCCACUGCUCCACAAUUAGGCACCCCAAGCUCCUAUCAACAAUAGUGGCAAAAUAAUAAAAUACAGCAGAGCUUGGGUGUAUCAGCUGGGAGGAGGGAUGGCAGCAGUAGGGCUAUGUUUCCUGGCAUGUAGAUGGGGGGAGAUGGGCAGCGAGGCUGGGGGAUCUCUGGAUUGGCCAUGGUCUGCAGGAUCCUUACGUUCACCAGCCUGCAUCUUCUCUGACCUCACCUCUGCCAAAAAGCAGGAGCACAUAAAAAAUAGCAGCCAUCUUAAAACAUCUGCCAUCACUGAGUAGUGGGAAAACACAACUCAGUUAGCCCUGUCUAAACAAAAAAAAAAAAAAGUAUUUGGUUGUUGGCAGGAGAUCCCUAGAGAGGGACCUAGAUGUACCUCAUCAGAGCCUGGGUGCAGCUGCUGAGAAGACUCUCUCUUGUGUCUCCACCAGAAGCAUCUCCCCUUGGGGCAGACUCAUACUGGAGAAUGUGGUUCUUCAGAUAACUAGUCACAACCUGACAAGGCACAUGAAAGGUCAUGAACGAGAUGUGCAUCUGCAGCACAAUGGUAUAUGCCUAUUGCCUAUUGUCCUGUACCGCAAAAGUAAAAGGGAAAGUGGCUUUUGAACCAUGUUUUUCUGAGCUUGUGAAUUUCUUAAAUGCAGCAGUCAGUUAACUGUUUGUGAGGCUAGUUUUAUCCUUAGGUCAGGGAGAGCCAACAGAAUGUUUUCCAGCUUUCAGCGUUCCCUUUGAGACUUAGUGAAAAGCAGGAUGUAACUUUUUAAAUAAAUAAUACAAUUCCUGAGCUGCCUGGGAUUGUAGUCCAAUGAUAUCCAUGCUGGCUACCUCUUUUGAAAACUGCAGUCAUCCCAUGAAUAAUGGGUGAUGUUACAUUUAUAAUAGCUGAUAUUCCUCCCUAGCCUUAUUCUCUAGACCUUAAAAACCUAUAGGACUAUGGCUAGGAAGUUGGUUGUGCAUUCCUAAUGACUGUACAUUGACAAAUUAUCCAAUUGGUUGUAAAAUGUGAUGAUUCCUGGUAUGUAGGAAGAAUUCAGUUGUGCCAUCACCACCUGCCCUGAGAAGGCUAUGGCAACAUGGCAUCUUCCAACAGCAAAGUAAUGAGUAUCUCAGUCAAAAGAUGCACCAUGAAAACGACUGGAGCCUGCUGUUACCAUGUGACCAAGAGCCAGUCACAGAAAUCAGUGCUUCUUAUGGAGAAUCUCUCUCUCUCUCUCUCUCUUUCUCACACACACACACACAAUGUACCUUGAAAAAGGAGGAGGAUCAAUGUAAAAAUAGCCUCAGGCAAUCUUUUCCAUUUCAAAAGGUUAGUUGUUUCCCUUUGAUGAACUGUAAGGAAAUGAAAAGUUUCCAACUGGCAGCUCAGAAUUACUUCUGAAUUUAUAAACAGAACUUUUUUUUAUCAGUAGUACCUUACAAAAUAUGGAUUGAUUGAUUGAUUGAUUGAUUGGUUUUUGUUUUUUGUUUUGCAUAUUCCACCAUAAAGUCAUUUUGGAAUAUGAAUAAUAUUAAAGAGGGUCCUCUUAGCAUAUUUAACAGAGAUGGCAUAUGUCGUGUUAUGUAGAUUUUUCUUGCCCAGCUCUCAAUCUGCAUGUUCUCUGAAUAAGGGAGACUUGCAAAAGAUUUUCCACUGCACUGUGUGCUUGGAAAUAAGUCCCACUGAGUUCAACGGAAUUUUUAUUCCCAGGUAAGUGCCUAUAGGGCUGCAGCUUUUUGAAAUGAAACCAUUUGCAAAAGGAGCUGGGGGCCAAGAAGAGUUGCUCCCCAGCAUUUCCUCCUCUCCUGGUGCCAACUUUUAUGUGCAAAGAAAACUUUGUGCUGAUUUUCUCUUUUUUUUGAAGUCUCCCGUAUUAUGGAUUUGCGCAGACCCUUUAGGGCUCUUGUAUAACAAAUGUUAUGAUAAUGUAAAAGGCUUCUGUGCCAUUUGUUGAAAUAAAUCAACAAAUGUUAUUACAAAACAGCUGGUUUAACUACAGGAUGAAGCUACAAAAUUGGCCUCAGGUAUGUGGGCUACUGAGAAGGGAGCAGAUAGAGAAAGAGCUGUCUGGAGUAGAAGCUGGGAAAGCACUGUGGCAGCUGCAAUGGUGAGAAGGAGCCUUUAGGACAUAAUGAUAGAAGACCAAACAAAACAAUUUCUUUGUAAAAACAACAAUAAUAAAACCGAGACGCCCACAGAGCUAUCAGGAAUCCGUAAGGGCCUGCUGAUCAAAAAAAAAAGCAGCCUGUGUUUUGGAGUAUGGCAGGGUGGAAAGGGAAAUCCUCAAGUCUAAAGGCAUGGUGCAUUAAAACAGCAACAACAACAACAACAACAACAACAACAGGAAUUGUUAAAAUGCAGCCCAUGGACCAUCUCAGAAAAUGUACAUGCAUUUCCCUCAAAAAACAAAUUAAUGAAAUGAAAAUUAACUAAAAUUAAUUAAAAAUCAAUUGUGCAAAAGGGGGACAGAAUUUCAUGUGACAUUUACGACAACCAUAUUCAGAAUGACCCCAACUACAAUAUGGAUGGGAAUGUGCACUCAGGUUAUGGUAGAUGCAGUAGCAUGCUGAGUAGACACAAGCCAGGGAGGCAGGCAGAAAGAAAAGAAGAACUGCGUCAACCUGCUAAUCCCAAAAGUGGAAUCUUUCAACUGUCAUCCUUGGGGGUGAGAUUGGGGUAUUACAAGUAUGUUAAGACUGUUUCUAUUUCCAACUGUGAAAUCCUGGGGUGGGGAUCCAGUAUGAGAAUAAUAAUGCUGAUUUCUUAUCAGGGCAGGCUGCAGGAUUUGAGGGGCAUUGAUCGAAGUGAACUCCAUUGGGUCCCCUCCUCUGCUGAUGGGCCUUGGGAGGCUUACCUGACAGCAAUAACAGCUAGCUGCAUUGUAUGGUAGCCCCCAUUUUAAUUCCCCACAAUUCCCCUGAAAUAGAAUCCAUUUGGGGCAUUGUGGAGAAUUAAAAUGGUAGCUAGAAUCUGCCACCUUCUACUCUAAUACAUCCGCCUCAGAGAAAACUAAAGGGGGGUGGUGGUCUGGGAUGGAUUCAGGGCCUUUUUACAAAUAAUAGAGCCAACAGUACAAAUCUUUUUCUUUUUCUUUUUCAAAUGACUGCCUCCAUGUUGCAGGAAGAGAACAAUUACUGGGUGGCAAAGGCCCAUACAAUUAGCCUUGAGCACCUGACUGUAGUUUCUAUGCACAAAGUAUACCUAUGUGGAGCAGCUUAACAGGAAAAUGAGUCCUUCUCUGUCGGAGAUGUGAGUGAAAGGAGCCUAAUGUGACAAACACAAAUCGCCAUGCACUAUAGCUCCCGACGGUUCUUAUUCACCACAUCACCUUGUUGCUCAUUGCUAUAUGUGGAUUGGGGCACUCAUUUUAAAUUGUUUCAUUCUUUUUAAUACCUGAUUGCAGCUUUACACAAGACCUCGGCAUCUGCUUUGCUGCUGAGAGUAAUUUUCCCACCGUCCUCCUUUCAAUCUGUACCAUUUUUUUAAAUCAAAUAUGCACUUGAGUAAUGACUGGAGGUCCUGCAAGAUACAAAGUUGUUUUCCUCUCUUUGAGAAAUGAUUUGUCAGUGAGCACCUUUUGUUGACUAAAGAAUCCAUGCUAACUCUGAAUUUCUUUGGGCACCUAACAAGAAGGUUACAGAUGGUGCGCACUUCAUAUGACAAAUAGCUUGUUACCUGCUGGCAUUUGAGAAGGGGAAAGAAAUGUUUCCAUCAGAGCACUUCUCCAUUUAACAGCUACUCAAUCAAACAGAGAAAAUAUAGAGUCCUAAAGAAAUAGAUGAGUGAGACCACAAUCAAGUCAAGAAUUAUUCAUUACAGCAUCACACUAGGUCCUAGACUAAUGGAAGCAAUCGCUACAUCUUUGGAUGUGGAGAUUUGGAUGUGAGGAAUAAAGGGAAGUACUGUACACCAUGAUAGAUGAUUUCUACCUGCUCUCUCUAUCUGUCUAGUAAUCUGUUUAGGUUUUGCCACUUCUUGGAGUAUAGAGAUAGAUUAUCUGCUGCAAAACAACUGAAAGGUUACUGUGUCUCAUGAUUAAAACGCCAGAUUGCGAGUCAAAUAAAACCUAGCUUUAGUCCCAUUUACUCAUAAACCUAUAUAACUUCAAGAAAACAAAGAACUUGAAUGCCAUAUUCUGAGGGUGGGGGAUACAAUUUCCAUCUAGAGGUAAAGAAAAGGGCUGUGUACAUACAAUGCCCUUAAAACACGUUUUCCCCCUUCAAAGAAUGCAUAUACUAGUUUAAAGUGUACAAAAAUAUGUAUAUAUCAGUGAAAAUAGAAUACAAAGUUCAUUAUAUAAUGAAUGUGUAUAUUUGCUUUGCAAAAAUGUGUAUAUUCUGGAAAAAAUUGCAUUAAAGGAUGUGUUUAUUAUGAUGAAUUGGUACUAAAAUGUUUUUUUCAUGGGGGAUAGUUGUUGUUGUUUUUAAUUUUGAAGGCCUUUUUUGCAUGAACCUAAAAAAUUAACAUUCAAUAAAUAAGAUUAUCCAGAUUCCUCUCUUAAGAAAGGUGGGAACUGUGAGCCCCCCCCCCCCGGACCCUGACUGGCCCACCAUCCUAGAAUCUUGCCACGUAAUAGACUUACAAUGCUGACAGAAGUUUGUCAACACAACUUAAAAGUGUGUUGGCAGGGAUGAGCGGUUCAGUUAAUUUACUUGAUGCUGUGCCCCAGGGGGAGGGAUCCCCUGAAUAAUGUGGCAGCAAGAGAUAUUUGUUCUUAUUGCACAGCUUGAUUGAAAGAUACAUGCUGAACUUAAAGGAAGCUAACAUUUAUUGAGUUAAGGGUGCUGCAAAUCAGACAUGUGAAUUAAUCAGGUUCUGGCCUAUAGUCUUGUGUCUUCAUUAUGGGGUUCCUUUAUGCUAACAUGACCCAGACACAACUCUGGCAGCAAUUACUAGAGGCAACUGGACAUGGGGGAAGUAUACCUCCUAUGUGAACAAGCUCCCCCUUUUAUAGUAUGACCACUGUUUGGCCAAGCAAAAACAAAAGUGAAUGUGUGGUUAGAUGUGAAUUUGGAUGUGGCCAAUGUCCUCCACCCUAAAUACCUGCUUCUUCAGACUGGGAAAAUGGAACUGAAAAUGGAAUUAUUCCUCUGGAUUUCAUAUGCAACUAUAUGGGUAAGAACGGCCGCGUUGGAUCGCUGUAGUUCAUGUCUCUAAUUUUAAAGUGGUAUACAAACAGUGCUGUUAAAAUGUGCUGUAAAAUGUAUUCUACAGUGUAGCACUCCAUAAUGCAAUGAGAGCUGACAAAAGUUUUUUUUUAAAGACAACACGCAUGACAUGUUUGUACUUCUGUUUGGACCAUAUGUUCAACAUUUUUAAAGGCACUGCAAACAAGUGGUCUCUUGAAAUUCCCUUUGGUUUAUCGAAGCUCAUCUUUUUUUUAAAGCCUAGGCACUGUCUGUCUGGCUCAGGCUUUGUUUAAGGUAUGCAUCUAUAUCGGGGGGCGGAGGGGACCUAACCUCAUCUAGCUCCCAAGCAAAUGUUGCUGCCCCACUGUUGUCAUGGCAGUGCCAAAAAGAAAAGAAAAUAAGAACACAGCUUUGAGAUAGCCCAUUCCCAAUGGAUGGGCAAAUUGCUUCUCAGAUCAGCUGUGUGCCUCUAUAGGUGCAAUCUGUGUGUACAUGUUAGAGUGUGCAUUGGUGUGGGCCACAUCCACCACCCACAUCAAGGAAGAAUAUAUCCCUCAGUACAAAUACGUUCCCCUUUCCCUAGUAGGCAAUAUUACUUCUUUGGCUUCAAGUUGAAGCAGCUGUGGAUUGGAAAUUAUAUGGGUAAAAUAGGCAGCAUUGAUUCUGACUCAUAGCUUUUCCAUUUUCUGACAUAUGGAACCUUUCUUUUCACGAACAGGAGGAAUAUCUACGUUGAAGGACAGCUAAAAGGUUGACGGUAGUAGGAUCUUUCAUUCAGUCUUCUUAAAGAGAUUUACACAGCUCUCCUCAGUAACAGUCAAGAAGCCAAAUCAUGGAGCUCAAAAGAAGUGCUCUUUUGGAGCCAUGGUCUCACAGCAACAACAAAAACUGCAUGUUUUGUGGUGCCGCACAAGAUCGCGUCCCUGAAAAAGGCAAUUUAUUCAGAGUGAGAUCUCGGUGCAAAAUCGCAUGAGAUCAUGGUGACCAAAAUGUCAGGAUCUCACAGGGGGCGGGGGGGGGGAGGAUGUUUGUUCCUCCCCCCGCCCCGGACACUUGCAGAGUAUGGAAUAUCCAGAUAGGGCUGUAUGAAAACCUUAAGACCUGCUGGUUCAUUUGGGCAAAUGAGGCAGUAUCCCAUUCAGCCAACGCCCCGCCCCCCACCUGUUUUUCUACUUUCAACAAGUACAGGAAGUGGAACUGACUAUCAACUUCUUCCACCUUAGUUUCAGGGUUAUCCUUGUAGAACUCAGCCAGGAGGAGAAGCAGGAGAAAAUCAAAUUAGUUGGCCCUGCUUGUCAAUGGUUCGGGCUCCUCCUACGGUUGGUCUCCCUGCCUUCCUCCCUGCUAGGCUUAGUGGCCACCAGCCACCACUGUCUGCAAGUCAGUGUAGACAAUAUGGUCUGAACUAGAUGCUUUACUGGUCCGACUCAGUAGGAAGCAGCUUCCUACGUCCCUAUAGAAACUGCUGCAGUGUGUGGUCUUUUUGCAUUAUUCUGGUUAUGAUAAGAGGAUAUGCACCAUUUGGAGGAACCUGCAAUGUUAUUCUUCCCCAUAACAGCAUUGCUUAUCCCAGGAAGUGGAUCAACACUUGUGAGAGGGGGAAUUAUAGCAUGAGCUGUGCCUAUGUAGCCCAACUUUUCUGUAUCUCAGUGGCAGAGCACCAACUUUGCAGGCAAAAGGUCCUCAGCUCAGUCCUUGCUAUCUCCUGUCAGUGACAGCUCCUAUUUACUGGAGUAGGGUGAGCCAAACUCACACUACAGAGCCUCAGUUUAAGGAUGUGGUCUAUAAAGGAUCAAGAGGAUGUAGCCUAUAAAGAUAAUGCGUGAAGAGUCAAUGAUUCUUUGGGUUUUGUUACCUCUUUUGCAUAAGGAAUGAAGCUUAAUAUAUGUUACUGAAACUCAAGCGCAGCUCGGAUUGCAAUGUGAGAAAGCAAAUAACCCUGUUGUGCUGUUGCUCCAAGUUGAUCACCAGCACUUAUUUAUUUCACAAUCUCAGCAGCCUGCUGUCUCCCAAGUAUAUGAACGAUUAGUUAAGGGAGGGAGGAAGCAGAACUUCAUGGACAACUCCCAAAGAUCUUUUGAGGGGGAAGAAAACCUCUCCACUCGUCUUGUCCCAGUUGAUGAUAUGACAGUGUUGCAUCAAUGACACCUGCUGGGAACUGUCUCUCAAUCGGAAAGGGACUCUGAACAGCGAGGGCACGCGAACGAUGCUGGAAAAGUAAAAAGUGAGUGCCAAAAAAACAAGAGGCACUCUGCGGCUUUGCUCCACACUCUAGGAGGUAAUUAAAUAUCACGCAAGCUAACCAAAUAUUGUGUCAGAGGGGGAUAAGCCAUAACGCAGAAUGAUACAAAGCAAGCUGUUAAUGCUUGUCCCCAGUGUGCCUAUAAUUAAAAUGCAUUAUACACUGGUACAGGAUUGUCUAAACUAGGAAGAGUGUGGAAGAUUUUGUGGGCUGCUUGAUGUAUGGCAGAGCAAACCAAACACUCUGGGGCUUGGAUUGGGAGGAGGUAUUGCUGCAAGCAGCCCUGCUGGCUUCCAUCAACCUCCGGUUGGAUCCCAAACCAGCCCUGUACUUCACCCGCCACCAUUACAGAAUGGCUUCACACUUGACCACCACCACUUCUGUCUUCCCUGGCCACCAUGUACUGCAGGACUGUGGAAGCUGUGGUGGACCCGUGUGGCAGGAUGUAGUGGAUGCCAGCUUAGUGAAGUCUUCAUUCUCGGAAGGAGCUUCCAGAGUACAAUGAACUCAUCCGCAAACCAGUCGACUUCAAGAAAAUAAAGGAGCGCAUCUGGAACCACAAGUACCGCAGUGUGAAUGAUCUGGAGAAGGAUGUCAUGCUCCCGUCAGGCUGA